AUGCACAUGGUGGACCUGAUGAGCUCCAUCGUGUGUGAGGGGGAUUCGGUCUCCCAGGAGCUGUUGGACACUGUCUUGGUUAACCUGGUCCCUGUCCAUAAGGUGCAACAUAUUACCAACCAAAUGGAAGAAAUUUGAUUGAAACAGGGAUUGAAACGUUUUCCAUUAGGUGCCCUAAUGAACACAACCCUGGCUUCACCUUUUUAAAUAGUAAACACAUGUUGGUGUGUGUUAUUUUGUUUCUGAUGUUUCGUUGUUUUUGUUUGAGCAGAACUUGAACAAGCAGGCGUACGACCUGGCAAAAGCUCUGCUGAAAAGGACUGCUCAGGCCAUCGAGCCAUACAUAACUAACGUGAGUUGUCUUUGUGGAUUGUGGUAAACACCCAAUGUGUCUUGCUAACACUGCUGGGUGUUAACAGUAUUACUGUUUUGUGUGUGUGUACGGGUGCAGGGUGCGAUUAUCAACAAAUGUAGGUCUAGAUUCGAUUUCGACAUGUUGACAAUAAAGAGGUCUCACAGAUUGAAAUACUGUAUUUUAAUAUCAACAAAUAUGAGCCUCAUACAUUUGUUUUAAUAUAAACAACCAAUCUCAUUGAUUCAUGUCUUUCAAGCAUCUCAUAGAAAAGUCAAUGUUUUAACAUGUAAAAUGUACAAACACUGCAACACGUAGCCUACGGAAUACAUUCAUUUUUCAAUUGUUGGCUAAUUUAAUUCAAACAUAGUCAUUCAUUUCAGUAGUAAUUUCAUGUCAGAAAUUAAAAGACAGUUUGUUUGAAUGUGAUUCACUGAACAGAACUAAACAGAAUAGGUAUUUUUAAUUGUCAACAGCUAGCAUAUACUGAAGGAAAAUUGUCAUUCAACAAAUAUGUAGCGUUAAUCUGUGCGCUAGUUCAUCUGUGUUUGUGUGUGUGUGUGUCUUUGGAAAAGAGGGAACAGUCCUGGCUGGAAAACUCUGCUGUAGAAUCCAUCUGCAGAGCCCUCUGGGCUCGGCCCUGCCUGAGCACAUUCAUCAUUGGAGCCCACAGGAAAAGCCAGCGUGCGUGUGUGUGUGUCAGUGAACAGAACAGACGUGUAACCCAGGCUGUGUUGUUCCUUCCCCCCCAAGUUCUUUAACCUGGUACUGAUGCUGGGGAAGACGUCGGUCAGCGACCUGUCGGAGCACGUGUUCGACCUGAUCCUCGAGCUCUACAAUAUCGACAGCCACCUCCUCUUGUCGGUGCUGCCGCAGCUAGAGUUUAAACUCAAGGUAGCGACACUCCCUUACGCAUGCACGCACAGACAGACAGACAGACAGACAGACAGACAGACAGACAGAGAGAGACACACACUCACACACACACACACACACACAUUACACCACUAACUGCCACUUGGAGCUUCCAGACAGCUCAGAGUGCUUUUAACACUGGGCUCAGAGUGUAGGCUAUGUUUGGUUGCAUAACCUUUGAUAAAUUGCUGUGUUUAACCUUGGGCCCGACUCGGCAUCGUUAUGAGCAAAGCUGAGGUGCUGUGGAACGGUACAAACACAAAGCAGUGACUAAUGAUGCCAGUCAGUCAUUGUAAACAAGCAUUUGUUCUCAAUUGACUAAAUAAAGGUUAAAUGAAAAAUAAUGUAAACUGGUUUGUGAGUUGCCAAAUCAAUUUUAUCUUACUUUUUUCAGAGCAACGACAACGACGAGAGGCUACAGGUGGUGAAACUGCUGGCCAAAAUGUUUGGAGCCAAGGACUCUGAACUCGCAGCGCAAAAUAAACCUCUGUGGCAGUGUUAUCUCGGAAGGUAAGAAUAUGCCGUUUUUUUUUUUUUUAAUGAUUUUUUAAUCAUAUUGCUGUCGUUUUACAAUGUAUGUCUUCUGUCUCCUACAGGUUCAAUGACAUCCACGUUCCCAUUCGACUGGAAUGUGUGAAAUUUGCCAGCCAUUGUCUGAUGAACCACCCUGACUUAGCCAAGGACCUGACAGGUAGGAUGGCAUUGAAUAAAAUAAUAUGUUAGAAAGGCAUUCAUUCAUUUUUAAUUUGGUACGCAACCAGGUCCCGAUUCAGACUUGAUAUAAGUAGACUCAAAAUGGACUUACGUCAAUAAAACAUGGACUGAAUUUUUUUUAAAACUUAUGUCCAUGUCAAGUCAACUUAUCUCAAGUCUGAAUAGGGCCCUGGUUGCAUACCAAAUUAAAAAUGAAUGAAUGCCUUUCCAACAGAUUAUUUUAGGGUUAUUCAGAGUUACUGUGGGUUGAAAUCUUCAUUGAGAUAUGCAUGCCCAACUGCCGCUUUCACGCAAAUCAUUCAUCAAUGUCAAUUGGUUGAUUUGCGUGUCAAUUUUAGUUGCGGCUACAGAUCUCAAGUAAGGAUUCCGCACACGUGGAUGAUCUUUUACCGUUGUCCCCACAAGUUAUCCUAGACUUGUUGUUGGUGUCCUUUGUAGAGUUUUUAAAGGUGAGGUCCCACGACCCCGAAGAAGCCAUCCGCCACGAUGUCAUUGUGUCCAUCGUGGCGGCGGCUAAAAAGGACCUAGUGCUCGUCAACGACCAGCUGCUGAACUUUGUGAGGGAGAGGACGCUUGACAAGAGGGUGAGUUUUCUAAUCGACUGUUUGAGUACGCUAUGCAGAAGUUUGGUCCUGUCCAUUUUAGAAUAAAAAAAUAAGUAGGUUUGUCUGAACCAGAAUGGUCCAUAGGGCAGGAGCCUAUCUCUGUUCCUGUAGCGUGAGGCAGCUUGAUGUACAAGUACACUUGCUGGACAGAAGGUAGUCUAUCGCAGGGCCUUACCUUGGCCUGUGGCGGUCAUGAAAUGUUGUCAGCUGGUUAUUGUCAUGCAAAUGCCUGCCGGUCUCACGGUAAUUAACGGUAAAAACCGUUAUUUAACAUAAACACCUUAAGCAUCACCAGGCCUCCACUCAUACAAGCCGCUGAUGCACGCCUUUGGAACAUCUACAUUUAAAAAAAAGUCUAAUAAAUACAUUUAAUAUACACCAUCACAAUACAUCCAUUUUUUAUUGUAGUCAGGUCUAAAGAAACAUUAUGAUAUGAAGAAAAUGUAUUUUAGAAGAACAGAAUAUGAGUUGGCCAGCCAACUGUAGCCUAUGUUAUCUGGCUAUGCUCCAUGCCAUAGGCUGUAGGCUUGUUCAUUUAGCUGGCAAGAUAUGCUUAAGUCCUGUGCCAUUAUUUUAUUUUAUAUGAUUUUAUAGUAAGAAGAAUAUAACGUAGCUGAAUAAAAUAUAAAUAAUAUUUUUCCAUUAUGGAGCGGCUGCGCAUAUGAAGUGGCUAUGUAGAUAAUUUGAAACAGGUCCUAUAUGCUAGAUUUAGAAUUAUUUGGCAACUUUAGUUGUGAAUCAUACAAACCUUAAAAUGACUUAGAAAUCAAAACGUAUACAGACAAGUGACUAUGUAUGUGGCAGGGAUUCCAGACAAUCACAGAGUACAAAGGGAAAACCAGCCACGUCGCGGACACCGACGUCUUGCUCCCGGACAAGCUAAACAACAUCUUUGCCUGUUUUUAGGAUAACACAGUGCCUCCGAUGCGGGCCGCUCCCGAGGGUCCUGGACUUCCUGAUCACCAAUGACUGCUUGGCCACGUACGCCUUCAACUCAAUCAUCAAGUUUGCAGGCGACACAACAGUAGUAGGCCUGAUUACCAACAAUGACGAGCCCAGGUGGAGUGGUGCCAGGAAAAUAAACUCUCCCUCAACGUCAACAAAGCGAAGGAGCUGAUCAUGGACUUAAGGAGACAGCAGAGGGAGCACGUCCACAUCGACGGGGGAGCAGUGGAAAAGGUGAAAAGCUUCAAGUUCCUCGGCAUACACAUCACUGACAAUCUGAAUUGGUCCACCCACACAGACAGUGUGGUGAAGAAGGUGCAACAGUGCCUCUUUAACCUCAAGAGGCUGAAGAAAUUUGUCUUGGCCCGUAAGACCCUCACAUUUUCACAGUAAAACAAGUCCCAUAUCGACAUAACCUGAAUGGCCGCUCAGCAAGGAAGAAGCCACUGCUCCAAAACCGCCAUAAAAAAGCCAGACUACGGUUUGCAACUGCACAUGGGGACAAAGAUCAUACUUUUUGGAGAAAUGUCCUCUGGUCUGAUGAAACAAAAUAGAACUGUUUGGCCAUGAUGAACAUCGUUAUGUUUGGAGGAAAAAGGGGGACGCUUACAAGCCGAAGAACACCAUCCCAACCAUGAAGAAUGGGGGUGGCAGCAUCAUGCUGUGGGGGUGCUUUGCUGCAGGAGGGACUGGUGCACUUCACAAAAUAGAUGGCAUCAUGAGGAAGGAAAAUUAUGUGGAUAUAUUGAAGCAACAUCUCAAGACAUCAGUCAGGAAGUUAAAGCUUGGUCGCAAAUGGGUCUUCCAAAUGGACAAUGACCCCAAGCAUACUUCCAAAGUUGUGGCAAAAUGCCUUAAGGACAACAAAGUCAAGGAAUUGGAGUGGCCAUCACAAAGCCCUGACCUCAAUCAUAUAGAACAUUUGUGGGCAGAACUGAAAAAGCGUGUGCGAGCAAGGAGGCCUACAAACCUGACUCAGUUACACCAGCUCUGUCAGGAGGAAUGGGCCAGAAUUCACCCAACUUAUUGUGGAAAGCUUGUGGAAGGCUACCCGAAAAGUUUGACCCAAGUUAAACAAUUUAAAGGCAAUGCUACCAAAUACUAAUUGAGUGUAUGUAAACUUCUGACCCACUGGGAAUGUGAUGAAAGAAAUAAAAGCUGAAAGAAAUCAUUCUCUCUACUAUUAUUCUGACAUUUCACAUUCUUAAAAUAAAGUGAUGAUCCUGACUGACCUAAGACAGGGAAUUUUUACUAGGAUUAAAUGUCAGGAAUUGUGAAAAACUGAGUUUAAAUGUAUUUGGCUAAGGUGUAUGUAAACUUCUGACUUCAACUGUACAUACUGUUUUACUCAUUUCAUAUGUACAGUAUAUACUGUAUUCUAGUCAAGGCCAUCCUAUUCAACUAUUGCUGUAUAUACAGUAUACUAUUCUAUCCUACGUAUUCUACAGAUAUACUGAAUAUUCUAUCCACAUACUGUCCAUAAUGUCUUUACAUACCAUCACAUAUCUCUCUAUCUAUAUCUCUGUCUAUAUCUCUCUCUCAUAUAUAUAUAUAUAUAUAUAUAUAUAUAUAUAUAUAUAUAUAUAAUAUAUAUAGAUAUAUAUAUAUAUAUAUAUAUAUAUAUAUAUAUAUAUAUAUAUAUAUAUAUAUAUAUAUAUAUCUAUAUAUAUAUAUAUAUAUAUAUAUAUAUAUAUAUAUAUAUAUAUAUAUACAGUGAGGGAAAAAAUAAUUUGAUCCCCUGCUGAUUUUGUACGUUUGCCCACUGACAAAGACAUGAUCAGUCUAUCAUGUUAAUAGUAGGUUUAUUUGAACAGUGAGAGACAGAAUAACAACAACAAAAUCAAGAAAAACGCAUGUCAAAAAUGUUAUAAAUUGAUUUGCAUUUUAAUGAGGGAAAUAAGUAGUUUCUGGGAGCCAGAAAUCUUUCUGAUUGAGAGGGGGUCAAAUACUUAUUUCCCGAAUUAAAAUGCAAAUCAAUUUAUAACAUUUUUGACAUGCGUUUUUUCUGGAUUUUUUUUUUGUUAUUCUGUCUCUCACUUUUCAAAUAAACCUACCAUUAAAAUUAUAGACUGAUCAUGUCUUUGUCAGUGGGCAAACAUACAAAAUCAGCAGGGGAUCAAAUACUUUUUUCCCUCACUGUGUAUAUAUAUAUACACACACACACACACACACACACACACACACACACACACAGUACCAGUCAAAAGUUUGGACACCUACUCAUUCAAGGGUUUUUCUUAAUUUUUUUACUAUUUUCUACAUUGUAGAAAAAUAGUGAAGACAUCAAAACUAUGAAAUAACACAUGGAAUCAUGUAGUAACCAAAAAGUGUUAAACAAAUGAAAAUAUAUUUUCUAUUUGAGAUUCUUCAAAGUAGCCACCCUUUGCCUUGAUGACAGCUUUGCACACUCUUGGAAUUCUCUACACCAGCUUCAUGAGGUAUUCACCUGGAAUGCAUUUCAAUUAACAGGUGUGCCUUGUUAAAAGUUAAUUAGUGGAAUGUGUUUCUUUAAUGAGUUUGAGCCAAUCAGUUGUGUUGUGACAAGGUAGGGGGGGUAUACAGAAGAUAGUCCUAUUUGGUAAAACAGCUCAAAUAAGCAAAGCGAAACGACAGUCCAUCAUUACUUUAAGACAUGAAGGUCACUCUAUCUGGAAAAUGUCAAGAACUUUGAACGUUUCUUCAAGUGCAGUCGCAAAAACUAUAAAGCGCUAUGAUGAAAAUGGCUCUCAUGAGGACCGCCACAGCAAAGGAAGACCCAGAAUGUCCUCUGCUGCAGAGGAUAAGUUAAUUGGCAUUACCAGCCUCAGAAAUUACAGCCCAAAUAAAUGCUUCAUAGAGUUCAAGUAACAGACACAUCUCAACAUCAACUGUUCAGAGGAGACUGCAUGAUUCAGGCCUUCAUGGUCGAUUUGCUGCAAUGAAAUGGACAUUAGACCGGUGGAAAUCUGUUCCAAAUUUGAGAUUUUUGGUUCCAACCGCCGUGUCUUUGUGAGACGCAGAGUAGUUGAACGGAUGAUCUCCGCAUGUGUGGUUUCCUCCGUGAAGCAUGGUGUUUUGGUGUGUGGGUGCUUUGCUGGUGACACUGUCUGUGAUUUAUUUAGAAUUCAAAGCACACUUAACCAUCAUGGCUACCACAGUAUUCUGCAGCCAUCCCAUCUGGUUUGCGCUUAGUGGGACUAUCAUUUGUUUUUCAACAGGACAAUGACCUAACACACCUCCAGACUGUGUAAGGGCAAUUUGACCAAGAAGGAUAGUAAUGGAGUGCUGCAUCAGAUGACCUGGCCUCCACAGUCACCCGACCUCAACCCAAUUGAGAUGGUUUGGGAUGAGUUGGACCGCAGAGUGAAGAAAAAGCAGCCAACAAGUGCUCAGCAUAUGUGGGAACUCCUUCAAGACUGUUGGAAAUACAUUCCAGGGGAAGCUGGUUGAGAGAAUGCAAGGAGUGUGCAAAGCUGUCAAGGCAAAGGGUGGCUACUUUGAAGAAUCUCAAAUAUAAAAUAUAUUUUCAUUUGUUUAACACUUUUUUGGUUACUACAUGAUUCCAUAUGUGUUAUUUCAUAGUUUUGAUGUCUUCACUAUUAUUCUACAAUGUAGAAAAUAGUAAAAAUAAAGAAAAACCCUUGAAUGAGUAGGUGUGUCCAAACUUUCAAAAUGACAGACCUCUACAUGCUUUGUAAGUAGGAAAACCUGCAAAAUCGGCAGUGUAUCAAAUACUUGUUCUCCCCACUGUAUAUAUAUAUAUAUGUAUAUAUAUUGCAUAAAAGGAGAUUACCGUGACUCAACGGUCACAUGGAAUUUUACUGCAUUCAUGACUCAUUACUAGGGCUGUUGCGGUGACCGUAUUACCGCCACACCGGUGGUCACGAGUCAUGAAGGCAGUCAAAUUCCACAUGACUGUUUAGUCAGGGUAAUUAGGCUUUUCUAAGCUCUGAUGCUGCUGCUGGUCUUUAGUAGCAUACCAAACUUGCUAACUGCCUGGUACUCAGCACUCUAUUGUCCCUCUAAUCACUCUGACAUUUACAUUUACAUUUAAGUCAUUUUGCAGACGCUCUUAUCCAGAUCAAUGCAAAUGUGUUCGAAAAUCUAAUCAAACAUUUAAUGAGAGCCCAUGAGCUCAUGUUGCGCAACAUUUCUAUAGGCUAUGCAAUUGUGGGAGAAAACAGAGUGAUAGCCGCUGAUAAAAAGAGGAGGAUCCCAUCAGCUUUCUAUAGGCUAGGCCUACUAUAUUUAUUUCUCAUCUUUCCUAAUAUUAAGCACAUUGCUUAUACAGUGGGGGAAAAAAGUAUUUAGUCAGCCACCAAUUGUGCAAGUUCUCCCACUUAAAAAGAUGAGAGAGGCCUGUAAUUUUCAUCAUUGGUACACGUCAACUAUUGACAGACAAAAUGAGAUUUUUUUUUCUCCAGAAAAUCACAUUGUAGGAUUUUUUAUUAAUUUAUUUGCAAAUUAUGGUGGAAAAUAAGUAUUUGGUCAAUAACAAAAGUUUCUCAAUACUUUGUUAUAUACCCUUUGUUGGCAAUGACACAGGUCAAACGUUUUCUGUAAGUCUUCACAAGGUUUUCACACACUGUUGCUGGUAUUUUGGCCCAUUCCUCCAUGCAGAUCUCCUCUAGAGCAGUGAUGUUUUGGGGCUGUCGCUGGGCAACACGGACUUUCAACUCCCUCCAAAGAUUUUCUAUGGGGUUGAGAUCUGGAGACUGGCUAGGCAACUCCAGGACCUUGAAAUGCUUCUUACGAAGCCACUCCUUCGUUGCCCGGGAGGUGUGUUUGGGAUCAUUGUCAUGCUGAAAGACCCAGCCACGUUUCAUCUUCAAUGCCCUUGCUGAUGGAAGGAGGUUUUCACUCAAAAUCUCACGAUACAUGGCCCCAUUCAUUCUUUCCUUUACACGUCCUGGUCCUUUUGCAGAAAAACAGCCCCAAAGCAUGAUGUUUCCACCCCCAUGCUUCACAGUAGGUAUGGUGUUCUUUGGAUGCAACUCAGCAUUCUUUGUCCUCCAAACACGACGAGUUGAGUUUUUACCAAAAAGUUAUAUUUUGGUUUCAUCUGACCAUAUGACAUUCUCCCAAUCCUCUUCUGGAUCAUCCAAAUGCACUCUAGCAAACUUCAGACGGGCCUGGACAUGUACUGGCUUAAGCAGGGGGACACGUCUGGCACUGCAGGAUUUGAGUCCCUGGCGGCGUAGUGUGUUACUGAUGGUAGGCUUUGUUACUUUGGUCCCAGCUCUCUGCAGGUCAUUCACUAGGUCCCACCGUGUGGUUCUGGGAUUUUUGCUCACCGUUCUUGUGAUCAUUUUGACCCCACUGGGUGAGAUCUUGCGUGGAGCCCCAGAUCGAGGGAGAUUAUCAGUGGUCUUGUAUGUCUUCCAUUUCCUAAUAAUUGCUCCCACAGUUGAUUUCUUCAAACCAAGCUGCUUACCUAUUGCAGAUUCAGUCUUCCCAGCCUGGUGCAGGUCUACAAUUUUGUUUCUGGUGUCCUUUGACAGCUCCUUGGUCUUGGCCAUAGUGGAGUUUGGAGUGUGACUGUUUGAGGUUGUGGACAGGUGUCUUUUAUACUGAUAACAAGUUCAAACAGGUGCCAUUAAUACAGGUAACGAGUGGAGGACAGAGGUGCCUCUUAAAGAAGAAGUUACAGGUCUGUGAGAGCCAGAAAUCUUGCUUGUUUUAUAGGUGACCAAAUACUUAUUUUCCACCAUAAUUUGCAAAUAAAUUCAUAAAAAAUCCUACAAUGUGAUUUUCUGGAGAAUAAAAUUUUCGUUAGUUGACGUGUACCUAUGAUGAAAAUUACAGGCCUCUCUCAUCUUUUUAAGUGGGAGAACUUGCACAAUUGGUGGCUGACUAAAUACUUUUUUCCCCCACUGUAUUUACAACAGGAGUAUAGCCUACCUGGCUGGCAUGAAAAUAAACCACUGAGAAAAGCGUCCUCCAUAUGCUAUUUAAGUGCAUAGAUGAUGUCACGACGAUCUUGACGAGAAGGAGUAGACCAAGGCGCAGCGUGUGAAACGAACAUGACUUUAAUUAGUAAAGCACAAGUACAAAACAAAACACGAUCGUGAAGUCCACAGUAACACUGACUGAACACGGAACAAAAACCCACAACCCCAAGGUGAAAACAGACAGUAUAAAUAUGGCUCCCAAUCAGAGACAACGAGCCAACAGCUGACACUCGUUACCUCUGAUUGGGAGUCACUCAUUCAAACAAAGAAAUACAACCACAUAGAACAACCCAACCAAACAGAACACCACGAAACAAACACACCCUGGCUCAACAUACAAAGUCCCGGAGCCAGAGCGUGACAGAUGACAUGUAUUUUUUCCCGCUGCCCCUGUUUCGAUACAGGUGGAUGAUAAUGGUCCAUUCUAAAUCAAAACAAAUGUCACACAUAUAUUAUUUAGUAUAUGUUUUGACAAGAUUAAAUCAAGAAUAGUCUGAUGGCUGACAAUAUUAGCCUUUCACUUGUGAAUGAUAUAUUAUCACUUGUGAAUGAUGCCCAGCAUAAGAAACAAUGCCUAGCCCAUAGGCCUAUAUAUUUUAAUAAGGUUUGUAUCACAACUAAAGUGGCCAAAUAACUUCUUAAAAUUAAGCACAUUAAUCUGUUUUACAAGGGGUGUAGAGCCUAACUGGCAUAUAAACUCAGCAAAAAAAGAAACGUCCCUCUUUCGGAGAUAAUUUGUGAAAGUCCAAAUAACUUCACAGAUCUUCAUUGUAAAGGGUUUAAAUACUGUUUCCCAUGCUUGUUUAAUGAACCAUAAACAAUUAAUGAACAUGCACCUGUGGAACGGUCAUUAAGACACUAACAGCUUACAGACGGUAGGCAAUUAAUGUCACAGUUUUGAAAACUUCGGACACUAAAUAGGCCUUUCUACUGACUCUGAAAAACAGGACGGACAGCGGAUCGUCCUCGUACUAGCAGACCACGUGUAACAACACCUGCACAGGAUCGGUACAUCCGAACAUCACACCUGCGGGACAGGUACAGGAUGGUAACAACAACUGCCCGAGUUACACCAGGAACACACAAUCCCUCCAUCAGUCCUCAGACUGUCCGCAAUAGGCUGAGAGAGGCUGGACUGAGGGCUUGUAGGCCUGUUGUAAGGCAGGUCCUCAUCAGACAUCACCGGCAACAACAUCGCCUAUGGGCACAAACCCACCGUCGCUGGACCAGACAGGACUGGCAAAAAGUGCUCUUCACUGACGAGUCGUGGUUUUGUCUCACCGGGGGUGAUGGUCGGAUUCACAUUUAUCGUCGAAGGAACUUGUUCAGUUUAUAUCUCAGUUGCUGAAUCUUGUUAUGUUCAUACAAUUAUUUACACGUUAAUUUUGCUGAAAAUAAACCCAGUAGACAGUGAGAGGACUUUUCUUUUUUUGCUGAGUUCAUAAGCAUCGUGUGAGUUUCAAGUUUGGGGAAGUUAAUUUUCACCAUAAAAUUGCAUCUUUAUAAUAAAAGCAUUUCAUGCAUAAUGCCAUUUGCGGUCACUUUUGAUAAUGGUGUUUUCCGCUAAUGGAACUUUCGCUCUUAUAGCCUACUACCAUGUGUGCAUUGCUGCGCUUAUAAUGUGAAGAAUAAGCCUAAUAGUUUAUCAACAUUUUAAGCUAAACGUUCUGAUCUGUUGCAUCAGCCACAUUGCAUAAAAAAUGUUUUUGGAUGCUAGUGUUUGUAUUAAUUUGGGAUCUAUCGCAUCCCACAACUGUCCCAGACUGUGUUUGGAAUAUUUAUUUCUCGCACAGAAUACAAUUGGUCGACUUUUGUACUAUGGGUAUAGUAGAUUGACAUAGGCUAAUUAUUUUGCUGUUCGUUAGGCCUACUCAUCUUGUUGGCUGACGAAAAGAAAAUGUGGACAGUUCUUCCAAUAUCUUCAAUAUGCACCUCGGAAUUGGAUAACGACCCGUGCAGUUGCGUCCCCGAUGUGUCUGUCUUAACUUGUAGCCUGUGAGAAAGACCCGAUCACGUGACGGAGAGCUGUGUGAGUGAGAGGGAGAAGGGCACAACGCAGCACGCAAAAGGAAUAUAUUUUUUGGGGUUGAAUUACAGCCACAAAGGGCAUGCCACCAUGAAAUUCGAGGCAUUAUCAAGUGCUUGUCAAAUUGUGAAUGAGAGACGAUUGGAGUGUGUACAGCCUGCGCAAAAAACAAAGCAGAGCUCAUGCCUUUCAAGCAACUUUUUUCAAAUCAUCAUUGAGUCUCAUCAUGCAGCCUUACAAUGUAUUAAAAAUCCACACAUAUAGCCCAACGUUUGUAGAACAACUAAAGUUACAUUAAAUUACACUCUAUUACACUCUAAAUUAAGCAUAUCGGAGUACCUAUCUCUUUGUUAACCGCUCAACACAGAAUAGCCGCAUGUGCGCACUCCCUCAAGACAGUUGGAGAAAAUAUGUAUAUUUUGUUUGUUCAAUUGUAUUCUUCAUACCAUAAAAUAAUGCCAUGGAAUUAUAAGCAAAUCUUGUCUGCUAAAUGAACUAGUGUAGCCCACAGCCAUUUGGCAUAGCCACAUCAGGACCUAACAUAAGGACAACUCAGAGUUUGCUAUUCUUUUCUUCCGAAAGAGUCUAAAUUUUCUUCACAUCAUGCUUCUUUAGACCUGUCUAAAAUAAAUAAUGGAUUUAUUGUGAAGGUGUAGGCUAUAUUACAUGGAUUCAUUAGACUAUUUAAAAUGGCUUGUAGGCUAUGUGUGGAAGCCAGGAGAUGCUAAAUGUGUUUAUGUUAAUUAACGGUCAAUUACCGUGAGACUGAAAGUUAUUUGCUUGACAAUCACCGGCUGAUGAAAUUUCGGGACCGGUAAUACAGUCACCGCAACAGCCCAAGCCUUACCCCCAAUCCAUCUCCUUCAUGCUGAGUGCCAAGCAGAGAGGCAUCGGGUAUAACUCUACUGGACAUAACCUCCAAUCUUCCAAUCUCAGGGCGGACACUCUAACCACAAGGUUGAUUGAUAUUUUCAUUGAUUUUAUUUGCCAGUAAAAAGAGAACAUACAGUGAGGGAAAAAAGUAUUUGAUCCCCUGCUAUUUUGUAUGUUUGCCCACUGACAAAGACAUGAUCAGUCUAUAAUUUUAAUGGUAGGUUUAUUUGAACAGUGAGAGACAGAAUAACAACAGAAAAAUCCAGAAAAACGCAUGUCAAAAAUGUUAUAAAUUGAUUAGCAUUUUAAUGAGGGAAAUAAGUAUUUGACCCCUCUGCAAAACAUGACUUAGUACUUGGUGGCAAAACCCUUGUUGGCAGUCACAGAGGUCAGACGUUUCUUGUAGUUUGCCACCAGGUUUGCACACGUCUCAGGAGGGAUUUUGUCCCACUCAUCUUCUCUAAGUCAUUAAGGUUUCGAGCCUGACGUUUGGCAACUCGAACCUUCAGCUCCCUCCACAGAUUUUCUAUGGGAUUAAGGUCUAAAGACUGGCUAGGCCACUCCAGGACCUUCAUGUACUUCUUCUUGAGCCACUCCUUUGUUGCCUUGGCCGUGUGUUUUGGGUCAUUGUCAUGCUGGAAUACCCAUCCACGACCCAUUUUUCAAUGCCCUGGCUGAGGGAAGGAGGUUCUCACCCAAGAUUUGACGGUACAUGGCGCUGUCCAUCGUCCCUUUGAUGCGGUGAAGUUGUCCUGUCCCCUUAGCAGAAAAACACCCCCAAAGCAUAAUGUUUCCACCUUCAUGUUUGACGGUGGGGAUGGUGUUCUUGGGGUCAUAGGCAGCAUUCCUCCUCCUCCAAACACGGCGAGUUGAGUUGAUGCCAAAGAGCUCCAUUUUGGUCUCAUCUGACCACAACACUUUCACCCAGUUCUCCUCUGAAUUAUUCAGAUGUUCAUUGGCAAACUUCAGACAGGCCUUUAUAUGUGCUUUCUUGAGCAUGGGGACCUUGCGGGCGCUGCAGGAUUUCAGUCCUUCACGGCGUAGUGUGUUACCAAUUGUUUUCUUGGUGACUAUGGUCCCAGCUGCCUUGAGAUCAUUGACAAGUUCCUCCUGUGUAGUUCUGGGCUGAUUUCUCACCGUUCUCAUGAUCAUUGCAACUCCACGAGGUGAGAUCUUGCAUGGAGCUCCAGGCCGAGGGAGAUUGACAGUUAUUUUGUUUCUUCCAUUUGCGAAUAAUCGCACCAACUCUUGUCACCUUCUCACCUUCUCACCAAGCUGCUUGGCGACAGUCUUGUAGCCCAUUCCGGCCUUGUGUAGGUCUACAAUCUUGUCCCUGACAUCCUUGGAGAGCUCUUUGGUCUUGGCCAUGGUGGAGAGUUUGGAAUCUGAUUGAUUGAUUGCUUCUGUGGACAGGUGUCUUUUAUACAGGUAACUAUACAGGUAACUUUAAGAGUGUGCUCCUAAUCUCAGCUCGUUACCUGUAUAAAAGACACCUGGGAGCCAGAAAUCUUUCUGAUUGAGAGGGGGUCAAAUACUUAUUUCCCUCAUUAAAAUGCAAAUCAAUUUAUAACAUUUCUGACAUGCGUUUUUCUGGAUUUUUGUUGUUGUUAUUCUGUCUCUCACUGUUCAAAUAAACAUACCAUUCAAAUUAUAGACUGAUCAUUUCUUUGUCAGUGGGCAAACAUACAAAAUCAGCAGGGGAUCAAAUAAUUUUUUCCUUCACUGUACUCACAGUACAUACAUUUGACUGGGAUGUCACAAGAAAGUCUGACUUAUUUCCAUUGUGGUCCCUAAAUUCCAUGGUGCAAAAACAUUACAACAUUACAUAGAUACAGAUAGAUUAUAUAGUUAGACACAUUACAUAGAUACAGACAUGAAACAAUUGUUCUAUUCCUUGAUCAUUAGCCAGGUCAGUGAGUUGGUGCCAAACAGAGCAUCUGUUUUCUGAAAUCUCUGUCAUUGUUGCCAUGUUACAUGUUCUGUUACUCAACCCUCCAGCAUAACUGGGUGGGGAGAAUAAAUGAUGCUAUGACAGCAGUAGAAUCGACCUGUGCUAUAAUGCUGAGAACGCUGUCUUUGUGAACUCUCUGAAGAAAAUAAAUUAACAACUAGGCAUAUACUUUUUUUGUUUAAAUCUGUGUGCUUUUCCCCUUUUUGGGGAGUAUACAUGGACACUGUUUGUAGGUGUCACGAUCGUCGGUGAGAGAUGAGGACCAAGGCGCAGCGUUGAAUGUGAACAUAUUUAUUUAAUUUGAUGAUCACACGAUCAAAACAACAAAAUGAUGACGUGACAGUCAAUGGUCAUACACAAACCAAAUACGAACAAGAAACCACAAAUAAUGAAUGCCUAACGGCUACCUAAGUAUGACUCCCAAUCAGAGACAACGAGCUACAGCCGUCUCUGAUUGGGAGCCACCCUGGCCAACAUAGAUAUACAACAACUAGAACAUAAACAAAUGAAAACUCACACCCUGGCUCAACAUACUAGAGUCCCCAGAGCCAGGGCGUGACAGUACCCCCCCCCCCCCCCUAAAGGCGCGGACUCCGACCGCGCCAACCAAAUACCACAGGGGAGGGACCGGGUGGGCACUCCGCCUUGGCGGCGGAUCCGGCUCCGGGCAUGAUCCCCACUCGCUCUCCAACCCCCCAAGGUACCCCUGGUCCGGUCUGGCCCCGCUGGCCGGAGCUGGACUGCACACUGGUGGAGCGGAUUGCUCCAGCUCCGGCGCGAAGCAUCUGACCGGUGCCGGACCAGCCACCGGUGGAACAGGCACGGGCCGUGCCGGACUGACGACGCACACCACUGGCUUGGUGUGGGGAGCAGGAGCGGGCCGAGCCGGGCUGUCGAAGCGCACCACUGACCUGGUGCGGGGAGCAGGAACGGGCCGAGCCGGGCUGACGAAGCGCACCACUGACUUGGUGCGGGGAGCAGGAACGGGCCGAGCCGGGCUGACGAAGCGCACCACUGACUUGGUGCGGGGAGCAGGAACGGGCCGAGCCGGGCUGACGAAGCGCACCCCUGACUUGGUGCGGGGAGCAGGAACGGGCCGAGCCGGGCUGACGAAGCGCACCACUGACUUGGUGCGGGGAGCAGGAACAGGCCAGACCGUACUGGGGACACACACCACUGGUCCUAUGCCGGGAUCUGGAAUGGGCCGGACCGGACUAGUAACACACCCCAGUACCUCUCGCCGUGCCUCUACACCUUCCACCCCCUCUUCGACCAGUGGCCCCCGUAACCUGGCGGCCUCCUCUGCCAACCCGCUGGGCCGCUCUGCCGCGGUCUCCUGCUGGCCCGUCGUCCACGGCGUUAGCCCCCCCCUAAAAAAUUUCUGGGCGUCUCUCCCCGUGGACCAGGCCUCCAUGUCUCUCGCCAGACUCUCACCCCACUGCUCCAAAGUCCAACCUCUCUCCUCUUCGCUUGGCUUGGCCCAGUCGAGACUCUUACUCCACUGCUCCCAAGUCCAUCCUCUCUCUUCUUCACGCUGCUUGGUCCUGUUAUGGUGGUUUCUUCUGUCACGAUCGUCGGUGAGAGAUGAGGACCAAGGCGCAGCGUUGAAUGUGAACAUAUUUAUUUAAUUUGAUGAUCACACGAUCAAAACAACAAAACGAUGACGUGACAGUCAAUGGUCAUACACAAACCAAAUACGAACAAGAAACCACAAAUAAUGAAUGCCUAACGGCUACCUAAGUAUGACUCCCAAUCAGAGACAACGAGCUACAGCCGUCUCUGAUUGGGAGCCACCCUGGCCAACAUAGAUAUACAACAACUAGAACAUAAACAAAUGAAAAUUCACACCCUGGCUCAACAUACUAGAGUCCCCAGAGCCAGGGCGUGACAGUAGGGGUGUGAUGGUGUUCACACUCACGGUUCAGUGCGUUUCACUGUAUUGAGGUCACAGUAUGUUUUUUUCACUCUAUUGUCCUGACAUAAGAAAUCAUAUUCAGACCAGACAAAAAAAUAUAUUUAUUAUAAAACAUUCCCAAGUUUACUCAACAAGUUUACUCAACAUCAUAAACUCCUAUUAUAUAUAUGUUUUUCUUCAUACAAUUGCAUCAUUAAUAUGGGCAGUCAUGUGAUUGUAUUAGAGAGUGUGUCGAGAGAGAAGACCUGGGGUAACGUUAGUCUUCACAUGCAAAUGGAAGUCCAUGCUGCACAAUUCAAACACAUCCAAAGAGUUCACUUUGUCUCAUGCUUGAGUGUUAGGGAUAAGGCCUAUAGCACUGCAAAGGUGAACUCUUUGGAUGUUUGAAUUGUGCAGCAUGGACUUCCAUUUACUAACGUUACCCCAGGUCUUUUCUCUCGACACACUCCAUUUCUAGCUCUAAUACAAUCCAGACAGACUUUAAUCAUUCGGCUAGCAGAAAUUAAUAAGUUAAACCAUAACUCAUAUCUCCUCAUAGCGUAUGUAUUUCCCAGAGAGCUCUCCGAAAGGAUUCACUAUGUCCCGACUAUUGACCCAUGUGAAUUACCCUAACGCAGCCUCUCUCUUCUCCUUGUCUUUAAUCUUCAGCUCCCUGUCUGUCUGCUGGGGGAUUAAAAAAUAAAUAAUAAUAUAAUAUGCCAUUUAGCAGACGCUUUUAUCCAAAGCGACUUACAGUCAUGCGUGCAUACAUUUUUGUGUAUGGGUGGUCCCGGGGAUCGAACCCACUACCUUGGCGUUACAAGCGCCGUGCUCUACCAGCUGAGCUACAGAGGACCAUUAUUAACACAUCGUUGACCUCCAUCUAUUGUCUGAAACAUUAGGGCGGUGUCUGACCUGACACCCAAUUCCCUAUGUAGUGCAUUGCUUUGGCCAAAUAUAGUGCACUAUAUAGGGAGUAGGUUGUAGGGUACAAGAGAAUAGGGUACUACUUUUGGCCAAAGUAAUGCACUAUAUAGGAAACUAAUCGGAUGCGCGACCUGUGUACACCCUGCCCCCCAGGACGCCUUUUCCCAUUUUCUAAACCUCCUUUUUACGCUCCAAAAUGAGUGCCAUUUCUGACUCACCCUAGGCUCGUAUAGUAGCCUUAGCCAGUCCACUGUGCUCAGUGAGUUAGCUUCCUGUGUUCUUCUUCUCCAGUGGAGGGUGCGUAAAGAGGCCAUGAUGGGUCUGGCUCAGAUCUACAAGAAGUACUCUCUCCAGGCAGAGGGAGGGAAGAAGGAAGCCUCCAAACAGAUCUCCUGGAUCAAGGACAAACUGCUCCACAUCUACUACCAGAACAGCAUCGAUGACAGGUUGGUGUAUAACACAUCUAUAACACACCCACAACACAGCUAUAACGAUCUACUAGAACAGCAUCGAUGACAGGUCCACGUAUAACACAUCUAUAACACAUCUACUACUAGAACAGCAUCGAUGACAGGUUGGUAUAUAAAACAUCUACUACCAAAACAGCAUAGAUGAAAGGUCAGUUUGAUUUUGCAGUACUGAAAUCAUAUUCCUUUUUGCCAUCGACUGCACUACUCAGCCAGGCAGUCUGGAUGCAGAACACAAACAGUUGAUGAGAUCUCGUAGUCAGACAUCCAAGCUGACUUGUUGAGAUUUUAAAAAAAUCCUUGCCUGUUAGUAGCUAAAGAGGGAUAAGCUCAUUAAACAGCUCUUACUGAGAGAGACCAUAGCCUCCUAGUGAGAGAGGAUCUGAUUAGAGCACAGCACAGACACACGUUUAGCAGUCAAUUUCAGAUGGGCCAAAUUGGACUUACCAGCCGUUCUGAGGUUUGGCAAUGCACACUCGGAGCAAGCUUAGAAAUCGUAGCUCUAAGCCAUGUGGAGCAGUGAGUUGUCAUUAUUUAUAUAAUUUGGCAAGCAGGGUUGGGGUCAAUUCCAUUUCAAUUCCAGUCUAUUCAGAAAGUUAGCAAAUUCCAAUUUCACAUUUUUCUCAUUGAAAAGCAUUGAUGAGAAUUGGAAUUGGAAUUUUAGUGUACUUCCUGAAAUGGCUGGAAUUUAAAUGGAAUUGACCCCAACUAGAGAUGGGACCUGGUUGUGCCAGGGUCUGGUGUAGUGGUAGCGCUGCUGACCAAAGGCUACAUAUGCCCUAAAGCGGUAGGGGUUCAAGCCCCGAUUAUGCCUUACUUUCUCUACAUUCCCUGUAAUCUGUCUUCCCAUUUCAUUCCUUCUUUAAAAAACCUCCUAAAAAAAGAAAAAAGAAAUGCGUCCUUUAAAAUAACUAAAUGAAGAGUAUUUCUUGCAAACAUGCAACACAUUGGUUGAGCUUCAUUGUGACAACAAGACAACAUUGUUGCUGUGUUUGUGCCACAGGUUGUUGGUGGAGCGCAUCUUUGCCCAGUACAUGGUUCCUCACAACCUGGACACCACGGAGAGGAUGAAGUGUCUGUAUUACCUCUAUGCCACAUUGGAUGACAAUGCUGUGAAGUGAGUUCACUAACGUUACACCUACACCAUGGUCGUGUUCAUUAGGACACGCAACAGGAAACGUUUUUAAACAUUUUGCUCCAGAAAACAAAAAUGUGCAUUUCGUAUUAGUCCAUGUAGUCCCUCCCUGUUUCAAAAAUUUCCUCCAUUUGGUCCUUAAUGAACAUUACAUUUUGACUUAAAUAUUUUGUAUGAUCAUUGAAUUGGCACCCAUUUUUUGCUGCAGCUAUACAGGUACUGAGUUGUAUUUAAUUGUGCCCUUGACUUGUUUUCUGUGUAUCUACCAGAGCUCUGAACGAGAUGUGGAAGUGUCAAAACAUGCUCCGGCAUCACGUCAAAGAUCUCCUGGAUCUGGUCAAACAGCACAAAGUAAGGAAUAUGUUUGUGUCAUCGAUUUCUGUUUUGUUUUUAGAUGGUAUAUAAGUAUCACGUUUCAGGAGAAGACCCAGAUGCAGAUACUGUCGAAGUAACAAAAGUUUAUUACAAAAACAGGGGGCAGGCAAACGACAGGUCAAGGGCAGGCAGAGGUCAGUAUUCCAGAUCAGAGUCCAAAAGGUACAGAACGGCAGGCAGUCUCAGGGUCAGGGCAGGCAGAGGUCAAUAAUCCAGGGUGGUGUGACAAGGUACAGAAUGACAGGCAGGCUCAGGGUCAGGGCAGGCAGAAUGGUCAAAACCGGGAAAACUAGAAAACAGGAACUUGAGAAUGCCAGGAGCAAGUGGAAAACCGCUGGUAGGCUUGACGAAACAAAACGAACUGGCAACAGACAAACAGAGAACACAGGUAUAAAUACACUGGGGAUAAUGGGGAAGAUGGGCGACACCUGGAAGGGGUGGAGACAAUCAUAAAGACAGGUGAAACAGAUCAGGGUGUGACAAUAAGUUGUCUUUCACUCAACAUUUCCUGGGUAAUUUCAAUUAAUAAUACUGUAUAUCCAUUUAUUCUUGAAGAAUAGAACUUAUAAAUGCCGCAUGAGUUGUUUGAUCAUAUCAUAACCCAAAAUAUAAGGUUGUAUUUCUCCAUUAUUUAGGUUUUGUUGUCAUUUCAGUCUUUGAAAACAGUGUAUAGCUUCAAAAUAUGUUUAAAACUAUGUCAAUCUUACGGACUGUCAGUCCUUGCAUCCAAAGCUGUGUCUAUGAAUUUGAAAAUGGUUACAAUUCUCAAGCUGUAUACCAAACCAAAUGGUAUAAAGUGGGGUGAAUUACAGGAUUGUGGAUUGAAAUGACAGGUAAAAUGUUUGUUUUCAGAGCGAGUCCUACCAGAAAGCAGUGUUUGCCAAAGUCAUGAUCAUCACACGUAAGACUGUCCACUCAGUACAGACACUCUUGAUGCAGGAGAAUAGUUAUGUUCCCAUAGAAAUAAAAUUAGAACAUUUAUAUUAUAUAUGUGUGUAUAUACGUGUACUUUAUCUCUGUGGUUCCUCCUCCAUGAGUUUAAAGGGGCCAUCUUUGCUCGUUUUAACUAGGAAAUCUGCCAGACCCAGGCAAAGCCCAAGACUUUGUGAAAAAGUUUGCCCAGGUGCUGGAGGAGGAUGAGAAGAUCAGGAAACAGCUAGAGACUCUGGUCAGCCCCGACUGCUCCUGCAAGCAGGCCGAGGGAUGUGUGGUAAGACGACGUCGUCAUCAUUAAGUCAUAGUUGUUGUGUCGAUGCCCGGCACUCUUACAGCCCUCCUACAUUACAGCCAUCGGGCGUCCGGCAUUGCCAUCAGCCAUUGAAGGAAUGCUUCCUUUGAAAUCAAUCAAAUCUGCUAUACUGCCUGCGUUCAGGUUGCAUCGCGUCCAGAGUCAAGAAUCGCAGAGGUUGAAUUCUCAAUGGCUGACGUGCGCGUUCAUUCUAUCUAGUGAAUAUGCCUGCAUAUGACCUUGACUAUACACCACUGGUUAUUUUUGAUUUAUUAAGUCAAGAAGCUACUAGCUAGCAGAAACUCUAGCUAGCUAGCUAGCUACAUUGACUAUGUUCACAAUGUAAACAAAAGCAACUUGUUUAAUUAGAGGAUCAUUUAGUUGCGAAAAACUGGACCACAGCUAUUAUACUUACGCAUAAUCGAUGAAUAUGGUGCAGUAGGGGAAAAUAUAAUAAAUACGCUCUUCCCCUCUCAAAACAACACGCUCUGUGUAGCAGGUAGAACGUCACAUUGACGCGGCGCUGAUGGCAACAAAACGCAUAUAGUGUAGUGAAGAGUUACCAGUCUUUGUUCCUUAGGCACCAAACAGAUGCAAAUGGACUGAAACAGGGAAAGGACUUCCAGCCCGGUCCUUUCCAAUAAGAAAAGGACAUUUUAAUUUUCCAUUGCAAAGUGUUUUCCGUUGCGUGCCCAAAUGAACGCAACCCGGGGAUUCAAAUAUUUAGUGGACCACUGAAGGGGUCAGUCCGUUGAAUAACUAGAACUCUAAAAGGACAAUUAGGUUCAGGAAUGGCAACUUAAAUGACCUAUACAAUUAUUAAAUGCUUUUAUAAAGCUGACAUAUAUUUAUAUCAUUUAUAAGAAAGCUUCUUUGUUACUAGAGAAUGAUUGCCUCAUUAUAUCAUAGAAAUGUCCUCUCCACUAUGCCCUCUAUCAGCGACUUCACUCCAGUAUUUUGCAACCCACUAAUAAUGGUGGAAAGUGUGAAUGUCAUUGCUGCUAAGUCUCAGCAGGAUAAUGGAACAUUCAUCUAUUAGUUAAGUCAGUAAAUUAGCAGCUUGUAGAUAAAUGUGCUAAAUUGUUGUUAAAUAUGUUAAUUAUUUGUCUGGCGUCUCCAGGGUUGUGUUCAUUAGGGCAUAAAUCACUUUGCAACAGAAAACAAAAAUGUGUAAUUCUCAUUGGACAAGUUCAGAUUGUAUAAAGUUGUAUUUGUUUAAUUGCCUAGCCGACUGAACAUGGUCCAGGUGAUUACUAUUUAAGAGAAUGUGUGCCCAAAGCACAUUUUUGUUUUUGACCUAGCACUAACACACCUGAUUCAACUAAAUGGCUUGAUAAUGAGUUGGAAUCAAGUGUGUUAGUGCUAGGGCUAAAACAAAAAUUUGCAUUCCUUUGGAUCCCCAGGACAUGGAUUGGGAAACAAUGUGCCUACUUAAAUUAAGGUGAUACAGUGCCUUCAGAAAGUAUUCACACCACAUUACUUUUUCUAAAUUUUGUUUCAUUACAGCCUACAUUUUAAAUGGAUUACAUUUUGAUUUUGUCACUGGCCUAUACACAAUACCCCAUAAUGUAAAGUGGAAUUAUGUUUUUAGAAAUGUUUAGAAAUUAAUUAAAAAUGAAAAGCUGAUGUCUUGAGUCAAUAAGUACUCAACCCCUUUGUUAUGGCAAGCCUAAAAUAAGUUCAGGAGUAGAAAUUUGUUAAACAAGUCACAUAAUAACUCUGUAUGCAAUAAUUGUGUUACAGAGUUUAAUGGCUGUGAUAGGGGCUAAACUGAGGAUGGAUCAACAACAUUGUAGUUACUCCACAAUACUAACCUAAUUGACAGAGUGAAAAGAAGGAAGCCUGUACAGAAUACACAUUUUCCAAAACAUGCAUCCUGUUUGCAACAAGGCACUAAAGUGAAAAUGUGGCAAAGAAAUUGUCUUUAUGUCCUGAGUAAUUCAACACAACACAUCACUGAGUACCACUCUUCAUAUUUUCAUGCAUCAUGUUAUGGGUAUGCCUGUUAUUGGCAAGGACUAGGUCGUUUUUUAGGGUAAAAAUAAACGGAAAGAGCUAAGCACAGGCAAAAUCCUAGAGGAAAACCUGGUUCAGUCUGCUUUCCAUCAGACACUGGGAGACAAAUUCACCUUUCAGCAGGACAAAAAUCUAAAACACAAGGCCAAAUAUAUGCUGGAGUUGCUUACCAAGACGACAUUGAAUGUUCCUGAGUGGCCUAGUUACAGUUUUGACUUAAAUCGGCAAUGGCAAUACUUGCAAAUGGCUGUCUAGCAAUGAUCAACAACCAACUUGACAGAGCUUGAAGAAUUUUUAAAAGAAUGUGUUUGUAUAAUCCAGGUGUGCAAAGUUCUUAGAGACUUACCCAAAAAGACUCAAAGCUGUAAUCGCUGCCAAAGUUGAUUCUAACAUGUAUGACUCAGGGGUGUGAAUACUUAUGUAAAUUAGAUAUUUUUAUUUCAUUUUCAGUAAAUGUGCAAACAUUUAAAAAAUAUAUAUUUUCACUUUGUCAUUAUGGGGUAUUGUGUGUAGAUGGGUGAGAAAUAUAUAUUUUAUCAAUUUUGAAUUCAGGCUGUAAUACAACAAAAUGUGGAAUAAGUCAAGGGGUAUGAAUACUUUCUGAAGACACUGUAUGUCGUCUGUGUCAUGACUGGACUGUCUCUUCCUCCCCACCGCCCCACAGAGAGACAUCACUAAGAAGCUUGGAAGCCCCAAACAGCCCAGCAACCCCUUCCUAGAGAUGGUCAAGUUCCUGCUGGAGAGGAUCGCUCCUGUCCACAUAGACACUGAGUCUAUCAGGUACACACACGCCUUGACACAUUCCAUCAGGUGUCUAGUCUGGUCUUAGUCCACUGAGCACAGCCUUUUUCACCAGUGCCUAGAGUUUUUCGAGGUCAGGUCAUUUGGUCAGGAAAAACCCCCACUAUUCUCAUGCAUGUCCUAGCCCGCUAAUCCUAACCCUCUGCUCUGUCUGUCUCUACACAGUGCCCUGGUCAAGCAAGUGAACAAAUCUAUCGAGGGGACAGCCGAUGAUGAUGAAGAAGGCGUGCCAAUUGAAGACGCCAUCAGAGCUGGCCUAGAGCUGUUGAAGGUAACACACACACCAGCGCAUGCACACACAUACAACAGGGUUUCCAUUAGCUGGCUUUUGGCAAAAAUAAAUAAAUGAAAAGCUUAUAAAUAAAACUGUUGCUGGCUAAAAUGACCAAAAAAAAGAUUGUAUUGCAAAAUAAUGUUUUUUUAUUCAUUUAUGGAAAUACCAGUCGAUGGAAAUACAUUUGACCGUUAUGCUUAUCGGUCUGUGGGUUAAUUUGCAUAAUUAGGUGGAAUUAAAUUGGCCUGUUUGUAUUUUUCGUUAGUCAAAAUCAAAUCAAAUCGUAUUGUAUUUGUCACAUACGCCGAAUACAACGGGUGUAGACGUGAAAUGCUUAUUUACAAGCCCUUAACCAACAAUGCAGUUUAAAAGUUAGUUUAUUAUUAUUUUACUAAAGUUUAAAAAAGUAACACUACUUUUUUAGUCAUCAUGUAUCUUAUUCAUCCAACACAACUAUCACACAUACACAGCCUAUUUAGAGCAGGAGUUCUCCUGCAGCUCCUCAGGUGGUUGCUGCUGGAGUAAAACAUGUGCUUUUAUAAACCCAUUCAUUGUGCAACAAUUCUAAAUGCAAUCGUGUGUUAAAGACCGUUUUGGUGCAUGAUUGAAAAGCACUAUAUUUUUUUUCUCAACUGGCAAUUGAAGCACGCCUCCCAUUUACCAUUCAAGUGCAGGCAACAGGCUAUCAGCACAUCACCCACCACUUUACAAUAUGAGCUGGAGGCAGUAUGCAUUUUGAAAACAUACUUAAUUGUUUGAAACCUGAAUGUUUUAUUUAAUAUUAUGAGGCAUGUCUUACCUUGCUUCAAAGUAGCCUAUAGGCUAAAUUUAACCAUGGAAACGUGGAGGCAGUUAUUUUAUAAAGACUUCAUAGGCGGCGUGUGAGUUUCAAGUUUGGGGAAGCUUACAAUUUAUCCUACCAUUUCUACCGUUCUGCGUGCCAGUUAUGAUUUUCAUAUGGGCAUUUCCAUGGAACUGUUUCAUUUCAAUAAUAACAUUUUUGUUUCUCAAAAUCAUUGUCAUGUGGUUAAUAAUAAAAAUCAGAAUUAAAAUGAUAAAAAUCUAAAAGAUAAAAGUAAACUAAUGUGAGAUCACGAGCCUCUGCCAUAUGGACACAUUGAUACACCUUGAUCCAUUGGUGGCUAAAGAAAUGAGUGCAUGGAACUCAUAGCCUAUAGGCCAAUGCAGCAGUAGGCCUAUAACUUCCGUUCCUCUUUCACACCGAGGAUUUGGUGAUUAUCGAUGGGGAAGAUUGUUGGAAAGAUUUUUCAAAUAGUUUACGGUGAGGAACUAUAGAUUUAAUAUAUUAUCAUUUGCAAUGGAUGUUUAAAAAAACACUUUCCUACAUUUCCGCACGCUCCCUCAACAUUAUCAGGACAGGGAAACCAGACACAUGCUCAAUGCUCACAUGGAGCUCUCCAAACAAAAGACGGGGGACCGGUAUGAUAAAAAAAAUAAUUAUUAUGUAUGCACUCACUAACUGUAAGUCGCUCUGGAUAAGAGCGUCUGCUAAAUGACUAAAACAAUGAAAACAAUGACCAAUCUCAUAAAUGAUGGUUAUGAAAUUAACCAAAACUUAUUUCUCACAAGUGUAGCAGGUUGUGAACUCUGCAAACAACGUUUCCACUGAGAACGGUAAAUGACUGUAAUUAAUACAUGCAUUAACAGAAAUUAAUGUAACCAAAUGACAGGGAUUAACGGUACAUUUACUACUGGUGACUUAUGUAAUAAAAAAAGUAUUUAAAGGCAAACAAUUCACACAAUGAAACAAUGAAUGCGCAAGAAUUGGCCGGAGACAGCUGAGCCAUUCUGGAGAGAGGCUUGCCUAUAUCUUCAGCACACACCCCUCCCUUUCUUGUCUCUACAUUUUAAAUUAAACUCAAGACACAUUAUCUUCACACACAUUUUGGAUGCUUUUCACUGACAGCCGCAAGUCAAUAAUCAGGCCUAUUGCCACGCGCACUGCCCAAUUGCAGGCUUCCCAUAUAGACAGGCCUAUGAGCUUGUGAUUUGAAACAAUCCACAGCUAUUUUUUUAAAGAAGCUAAUGAUCAUUGAUUCCUCUGUGGCUAAGUCAUGCUUUCUGGUGAAGUAUUUUUAAUUAUUUUAUUUUUGUAUAGACCGGAGUAAGUAUACUAAACCAAAAUAUAAACGCAACAUGCAACAAUUUCAAAACUCGUUUUCUCAAGACUCUCUCUUGUCCCUCUGCAGCAGACAUAUAGUGAGCAAUAUGUUUGGAACAUCGAAUUGCAAUAAAAUUGCAGUAUCGAAACGCAUUCAUAUAUACUGAACAAAAAUAUAAAAGCACCAUGCAACACUUUCAAAGAUUUGACUGAGUUACAGUUCAUAUAAGGAAAUCAGUAAAUUGAAAUUUAUUCAUUAGGCCCUAAUCUAUGGAUUUCACAUGACUGGGAAUACAGAUAUGCAUCUGUUGGUCACAGAUACCUUUUAAAAAAAAGGUAGGGGUGUGGAUCAGAAAACCAGUCAGUAUCUGGUGUGACCACCAUUUGCCUCAUGCAGGGCGACACAUCUCCUUUGCAUAGAGUUGUAUCAGGCUGUUGAUUGUGGCAUGUGGAAUGUUGUUCAAUGGCUGUGCGAAGUUGCUGGAUAUUGGCGGGAACUGGAACACGCUGUCGUACACGUCGAUCCAGACCAUCCCAAACAUGCUCAAUGGGUGACAUGUCUGGUGAGUAUGCAGGCCAUGGAAGAACUGGGACAUUUUCAGCUUCCAGGAAUUGUGUACAGAUCCUUGCGACAUGGGGCCGUGCAUUAUCAUGCUGAAACAUGAGGUGAUGGCAGCAGAUGAAUGGCACAACAGUGGGCCUCAGGAUCUCGUCACGGUAUCUCUGCAUUCAAAUUGCCAUCGAUAAAAUGCAAUUGUGUUCGUUGUUAUGCCUGCCCGUACCAUAACCCCACCGCCACCAUGGGGCACUCUGUUCACAACGUUGACAUCAGCAUACCGCUCGCCCAAACGACACCAUACACGUGGUCUGCGUUUGUUAGGCCGGUUGGAUGUACUGCCAAAUUCUCUAAAACGACGUUGGAGGCAGCUUAUGGUAGAGAAAUUAACAUUACAUUAUCUGGCAACAGCUCUGGUGGACAUUCCUGCAGUCAGCAUGCCAAUUGCACGCUUCCUCAAAACCUGAGACAUCUGUGUCAUUGUGUUGUGUAACACAACUGCACAUUUUAGAGUGGCCUUUUAUUGUCCCCAGCACAAGGUGCACUUGUGUAAUGAUCGUGCUGUUUAAUCAGCUUCUUGAUAUGCUACACCUGUCAGUUGGAUGGAUUAUCUUGGCAAAGGAGAAAUGCUCACAAACGGUGUAAACAAAUUUGUGCACCAAAUUUGAGCGAAAAUAAGCUUUUUGUGCGUAUGGAAAAUUUCUGGGAUCUUUUAUUUCAGCUCAUGAAACACUUUACAUGUUGCAUUUGAUAUUUUUGUUCAGUGUAGAAUCAUGAUACCUAUUGUAUCGUGAUGUCCGGGGCAAUUCCCAGCCCUAGUACUAUGUGUACUUUUCCAUUUUCGCCCAUUCAGUUCAGGAGUCCCCACAACAAGCAAAAAGUUGAGUUAAAGAAGUAAAUGAGCUACUGUGCCUACCAAAAAAAGUAUUGUAAACUGUAGAUCAAAUACGUUUUUUCUUGCAUUUAUUGAAUUCAGUACCUAAGCAAUCCACGCAAUUUCAGCUACUGCCUUUCUCAGGGGAUGCCCAUAGAAACGCCUGUUUUUCUUUUUCCGUUCCAAAGCAUUUGUUAUACGGUGUGCCCUAAUGAACACGACCCUGAAGAAGGGUUGCUCAUGUCUUAGCAAUAAGGUAACUAUUUUUUCUCACCCUCUUUUUUCCUCUCUUCAUUUUACAUUUACAUUUUAGUCAUUUAGCAGAUGCUCUUAUCCAGAGCGACUUGCAGUUAGUGAGUGCAUACAUUUUGUUUUUCAUACUGGCCCCCCGUGGGAAACGAACCCACAACCCUGGCGUUGCAAGCGCCAUGCUCUACCAACUGAGCUACACCGGACCAUCUCUUCCUCCCCAGUCCUGUCAUUUACUCACCCUCCUCUCUUCUUUUUAUUUUAUUUAACCUUCAUUUAACUAGGCAAGUCAGAUAAGAACAAAUGCUUUUUUACAAUGACGGCCUACCCCGACCAAACCCAGACGACGCUGGGCCAAUUGUGCGCCGCCCUAUGGGACUCCCAAUCGCGGCCGGAUUAUGAUACAGCCUGGAAUCGAGCCAGGGUCUGUAGUGACGCCUCUAGCACUGAGAUGCAGUGCCUUGGACCGCUGCGCCACUCGGGAGUCCCAUAGGUCCCUCCCCCAGGUCCUGUAGUUUAUUCACCGUCCUCUCUUCUUCCUCCCCCAGGUGCUGUCGUUUACUCAUCCGGUGUCGUUCCACUCUGCCGAGACGUUUGAAUCUCUGUUGGGCUGUCUCAAGAUGGAGGACGAGAAGACGGCAGAGGCCGCCCUGCAGAUCUUCAAAAACACUGGCGCCAAACUGGAGGAGAAUUUCCCUCACAUCAAGUCGUAAGUCUCUCGUAGGACUCAAGCCCGUUCUAGUGGUGGCUGCUGUUUCCACCAUCACUGUGUUUCCUAAUGUAGCAGGAGAGUUGGACUUUUUGUUUACUUCCUGAAUUGACUGAAUUGUAAUGGAACCCUGCUCCCUCUUUCUGCCCCCAGGGUGUUGUUACCCGUCCUACAGCAGAAGGCCAAGAAGGGUCCUCCUCGCCAGGCCAAGUACUCCAUCCACUGUAUCCACGCCAUGUUCACCAACAGAGACACACACUUCGCACAGAUCUUCGAGGUGCAGCUCUUCGCAAUAACCGUUAAUUUCUAGCCUGGUUCUAGAUCUGUUUGUGCUGGUUUUGCCUACUCCUAUGGUCAUUGUCAGGUUUGGCAUGACAACGACCAUAAGAGAUGACUAUGCCUGCACAUACGGAUCUGGGUAAUGCUAGUAAAGUAUUGCCUGCACAUGUUUUAAAUAAUUGUAUGUGUUGGAUUAAUUGAGUGAACCCUACUUUACUAUAUAUAAAAAAUAAAAACAACUUUUCUGUCCCUCCAGCCUCUCCACAAGGGACUGGGCACGGCGGACCAUGAGGAGCUGAUCACCUCUCUCACCACCCUGGGCCACCUGUCCCUGCUGGCCCCAGAGCAGUUCGCUGGGCCCCUCAAGUCCCUGGUGGCCAACUUCAUUGUCAAGGAUAUGCUCAUGAACGACAGGGUAUGUCCCCAAGGCACAGGCCUCAUAUUUUGGCACUAAUUAUGGAUAUUUCUGAUACUGAUUAUGAAUAUUGCUGUCUGGUACUAAUCAUGGAUAUUGCUGGUACUGAUGAAGGGUGUUGCUGGUACAUGAUAGAUAUUUCUGAUUGUUUUUAAGGCACCAGGUAACAAGACAACCAAGCUGUGGGUUCCGGAUGAUGAAGUUUCCCCAGAAACUCUGGCAAAGGUAAAGGGACUCUCCAGACCAUGUAGAUAUAGUAAGCCAUACAUAGACUGUACAAUGGUGAAAAACCAUCCCCCAACACUUAACAAAACCUUACUGUCUGUCUCUUUGUCUGUCGGUCUAUGUGUCCAUGCAGAUCCAGGGCAUCAAGCUGAUGGUGCGGUGGCUUCUCGGAGUCAAGAACAACCAGAGUAAAUCGGGCAACUCCACUCUGAGGAUGCUAACAGCCAUACUGAACAGUGACGGGGACUUGACAGAGCAGGGCAAGAUUGGGUACUGCACUCAUAAGCUCUGGUCCAGGUCGUUAGUGCGCAUACCUUCACUAAGUGAGUAAAGGAACGCGCGCUAACGACCUGGACCAGAGCUAGGCACUCAUUUAUUUUACAUUCUUUAUUAUGCUGAAUCUGAUCGUCUGGGUUUGUUUACAGUAGGGCUAUCUUUGCUGACUGCUUUGCUUUCUGUCUGUAACCACUUUGAAAAUUGCAUUUGAAAUCUAUGUUCAGGACUAUGUUCUGUGAGUGAGGUGAACUAACCCCUUGUUUUGUGUGUGUGUUGUAGGAAGCCUGAUAUGUCCCGGCUGCGUCUGGCUGCGGGGUGUGCUGUCCUGAAGCUGGCUCAGGAGCCCUGCUACCACGAUAUCAUCACCUUAGAGCAAUACCAGCUCUGUGCUCUGGUCAUCAACGUAAGCAUACAUACACACAGAGGAUUCCUGCUACCAUGAGAUCAUCACCCUGGAGCAGUACCAGCUCUGUGCUUAAAUUAUUACCAUACGGGCAGCCCCUUUGUAGUGCAUUCUGUACUUAGCUCUGUACUGCAGUUCAUAUUUCGGACUAGUUCUUCAUUUAAUUGGCAAUAUAAAUGUAUCUUUAGAUAAUACCUUCCUGUUUCACUGUUUUGGACCGUUUUUAUUCAGUUUCUUGCGAACUGAACAUGAUCCUGUUCUCGUCUCUGUUUGUUCCUCCAGGACGAGUGUUAUCAGGUGCGGCAGGCCUUUGCCCAGAAGCUCCACCGGGGUCUAUGUCAUCUGCGUCUGCCCCUGGAGUACCUGGCUGUGUUCGCUCUGUGCGCCAAGGACCCCAUGAAGGAGCGGCGGGCGCAUGCACGUCAGUGUCUGGUCAAAAACAUCAACCUCAGGAGGGAGUACCUGAAACAGCACGCCGCCAUCAGUGGUAAGACACGGUCAGGAGAAAUGCCAGUUUAGGACCUGGAGUUUUAAAGUGAUAGUUAACUGUUUUUAAAGUCAAGAUUAUUUGUUUGUAUGAAUAUGAAUGCACCGCAUUACAUUUCCACAAGCAUUGCUACAUACUCGAAAAAUGCUAGCCAGGAGACUCUGGACAUAUAACAAAAACCUGUCUAAGCCAGGGCGGUGGUGGUGGUGGGGGGGGGGGGGGGGGGGGGGGGGGGGGGUUCUACUAAGCAAAUGGAAUUGUUUUAAGAAGGUCAUACCAAGGAUAAUUUAGCUAUUUGAUUUUGAAUUCUAAAACCCCUUGAAGUAUACAUUUUUUUUCUAAAUAAAUAUAUUGGAUGAAAAAUUACAAACACGUUGAAUAACAGAUUCACUACAUGGAACAACAAAUAGUCUGAGAGAUAUAUGAAAGAUCAGGAAACUUUUGUUAAUUUGUUUUUUUUUAAAUGUUUUUAACCACUUAUGUUUGGCACUAAACAGUCUCCAUAUAUACAGUGCAUUCGGAAAGUAUUCAGACCCUUUCACUUUUUCCACAUUUUGUUACGUUACAGCCUUAUUCUAUAAUUGAUACAAUUAUACUUUUUUUCCUCAUCAAUCUACCCAAAAUACCUACAUAAUGACAAUGCAAAAACAGGUUUUUAUAAAUUUUUGCAAAUGUAUUACAAAUAAAAAACAGAUACCUUAUUUACAUAAGUAUUCAGACCCUUUUCUAUGAGACUCGAAAUUGAGCUCGGGUGCAUCCUGUUUCCAUUGAUCGUCCUUGAGAUGUUUCUACAAUUUGAUUGGAGUCCACCUGUGGUAAAUUCAAUUGAUUGGACAUGAUUUAGAACACUGGCGCCGAUGAAGAUGGCGACCUCGCGACUAGCUCUUAGGAAACUUUGUGGUAUUUUGUUUUUUAAUGUAUUAUUUUUUACAUUAUUAGCUCAAAGUGUUUUGUAUCAUUACAUACAGCCGGGAAAAACUAUUGGAUAUCAGAGCGGCGGUAACUCACCAGCAUUACGACCAGGAAUACGACUUUCCCGAAGCAGAUCCUUAGUUUGCUCUCCCCAGGGCAAUUUAACUGAUUCCAGCGGCUGACCCAAAACAUCGCCGGCGGAGGAGAGGCACUUGGAGCGGCCUGCUGGUUCGACUUAGGAGGCGCGCACACCACCCACAGCUUCCAAGUAUACUACUGACUAAUGUUCAGUCUCUGGUUAACAAGGUCGACGAGCUCCGGGCAAGGAUUUCUUUCCAGAGAGACAUCAAGGCCUGUAACAUACUUUGUUUCACGGAAACAUGGCUCUCUGGGGAUAUACUGUCAAUCGGUCCAGCCAGAUGGGUUCUCAGUUCAUCGCGCAGACAGGAAUAAAUAUAUCUUCGGGAAGCAGAAGGGCGAAGGUGUGUGUUUCAUGAUUAACGACUCAUGGUGUAAUUGUAGUAACAUACAGGAACUCAAGUCCUUUUGUUCACCCGACCUAGAAUACCUCACAAUCAAAUGCAGACCGUAUUAUCUCCCAAGAUAAUUUUAUUCGGUUAUAGUCACGGCUGUGUAUAUCCCCCCUCAAGCCGAUACCACAACGGCCCUGAAAGAGCUUCACUGGACAUUAUGCAAACUGGAAACAACAUAUCCUGAGGCUGCAUUUAUUGCAGCCGGGGAUUUUAACAAAGCAAAUUUGAGAACUAGGCUGCCGAAGUUCUUUCAACAUAUCGACUGUUGUACUCGCGCUGCUAAAAUCCUCGACCAUUGCUAUGCGAACUUCCGGGAUGGUUAUAAAGCCCUCCCCCUCCCUCCUUUCGGCAAAUCUGACCACGACUCCAUUUUGCUCCUCCCUUCCUAUAGGCAGAAACUCAAACAGGAAGUACGCGUGCUAAGGACUAUUCGACGCUGGUCUGACCAAUCGGAAUCCACGCUUCAAGAUUGUUUUGAUCACAUGGACUGGGAUAUGUUCCGGGUAGCUUGCGAAAAUAAUUUAGACGAAUACACUGAAACGGUGACUGAGUUUAUCAGGAAGUGCCCACUGUGACUAUUAAAACCUACCCUAACCAGAAACCGUGGAUAGAUGGCAGCAUUCGCGCAAAACUGAAAGCGCGAACCACCGCAUUUAACCAUGGCAAGGUAACUGGGAAUUUGGCAGAAUACAAACCGUGUACCUACUCACUCCGCAAGUCAAUUAAACUGGCAAAACAUCGUCAUAGAGACAAAGUGGAGUCGCAAUUCAACGGCUCAGGCACGAGACGUAUGUGGCAGGGUCUACAGACAAUCACGGACUACAAAAACAAAGCCAGCCACGUUGCCGACACCGACGUCUCGCUUCCAGACAAGCUAAACACCUUCUUUGCCCGCUUUGAGGAUAACACAGUGCCACCGACGAGGCCCACUACCAAGGACUGUGGCCUCUCCUUCUCCAUGGCCGACGUGAGUAAGACAUUUAAGCAUGUUAACCCCUGCAAGGCUGCUGGCCCAGACGGCAUCCCUAGCCGCGUCCUCAGAGCAUGCGCUGACCAGCUGGCUGGUGUGUUUACGGACAUAUUCAGUCUCUCCCUUUCCCAGUCUGCUGUUCCCACAUGCUUCAAGAUGGCCACCAUUGUUCCUGUACCCAAGAAAGCAAAGGUAACUGAACUAAAUGACUAUCGCCCCGUAGCACUCACCUCUGUCAUCAUGAAGUGCUUUGAGAGACUAGUCAAGGAUCAUAUCACCUCUACCUUACCUGUCACCCUAGACCCGCUUCAAUUUGCUUAUCACCCCAAUAGAUCCACAGACGAUGCAAUCGCCAUCACGCUGCACACUGCCAUAUCCCAUCUGGACAAGAGGAAUACCUAUGUAAGAAUGCUGUUCAUUGAUUAUAGCUCAGCAUACAACACCAUCGUACCCUCCAAGCUCAUCAUUAAGCUCAAGGCCCUGGGUCUGAACCCCGCACUGUGCAACUGGGUCCUGGACUUCCUGAUGGGCCGCCCCCAGGUGGUGAAGGUAGGAAACAACAUCUCCACUUUGCUGAUCCUCAACACUGGGGCCCCACAAGGGUGCGUGCUCAGCCCCCUCCUGUACUCCCUGUUCACCCAUGACUGCGUGGCCAAGCACGCCUCCAACUCAAUCAUCAAGUUUGCAGACGACACAACAGUAGUAGGCUUGAUUACCAACAAUGACGAGACUGAGGUGAGGGCUCUGGGAGUGUGGUGCCAGGACAAUAACCUCUCACUCAACGUCAACAAAACAUAGGAUGAUCGUGGACUUCAGGAAACAGCAGAGGGUGGACCCCUCUAUCCACAUUGACGGGACCGCAGUAGAGAAGGUGGAAAGCUUCAAGUUCCUUGGCGUACACAUCACUGACAAACUGAAAUGGUCCACCCACGCAGACAGUUUGGUGAAGAAGGCGAAACAGAGCCUCUUCAAACUCAAGAGGCUGAAUAAAUUUGGCUUGGCACCUAAAACCCUCACAAAGUUUUACAGAUGCACAAUUGAGAGCAUCCUGUUGGGCUGUAUCACCGCCUGGUAUGGCAACUGCACCGCCGGCAACCGCAGGGCUCUCCAGAGGGUGGUGCGGUCUGCCGAACGCAUUAACGGGGGCAAACUACCCGCCCUCCAAGACACCUACAGCACCCGAUGUCACAGGAAGGCCAAAAAGAUAAUCAAGGACAUCAACCACCCGAGCCACUGCCUGUUCACCCCGCUAUCAUCCAGAAGACGAGGUCAGUACAGGUGCAUCAAAGCUGCUAAAUAGCCAUAACUAGCACAUUAGAGGCUGCUGCUGCCUAUUGAAAUCACUGGCCACUUUAAGAAAUGGAACACUAGUCACUUUAAUAAUGUUUACAUAUCUUGCACUACUCAUCUCAUAUGUAUUCUGUUCUAUAAUAUUCUACUGUAUCUUAGUCCAUGCCGCUCUGUCAUUGCUUGUCCAUAAAUGUAUAUAUUCUUAAAUUCCAUUCCUUACUAUAUUUGUGUGUAUUGGAUAUAUGUUGUGAAAUGGUUAGAUAUUACUUGUUAGAUAUUACUGCACUGUCGGAGCUAGAAGCACAAGCAUUUCGCUACACCCGCAAUAACAUUUGCUAAACACGUGUAUGUGACAAAUACAAUUUGAUUUGAUUUGUGUACCUGUCUAUAUAAGGUCCCACAGUUGACAGUGCAUGUCAGAGCAAAAACCAAGCCAUGAGGUCGAAGGGAUUUUCAGUAGAGCUCCGAGACAGGAUUGUGUCGAGGCACAGAUCUGGGGAAGGGUACCAAAAAAUGUCUGCAGCAUUGAAGGGCCCCAAGAACACAGUGGCCUCUGUGGAAAUGGGAGAAGCUUCCAGAAGGACAACCAAAGUGAGUGUGGAAGAGGUGAAAAAAUAGUUGUUGUCUAUCAACAAUGACAAGCCACCGGGGUCUGACAACUUGGAUGGAAAAAUACUGAGGAUAAUAGCGGACGAUAUUGCCACUCCUAUUUCCCAAAUUUUCAAUUUAAGUCUACUAGAAAGUGUGUGCCAUCAGGCCUGGAGGGAAGCAAAAGUCAUUCCGCUACCUAAGAAUAGUAAAGCCCCCAUUACUGGCUCAAAUAGCCAACCAAUCAGCCUGUUACCAACCCUUAGUAAAGUUUUGGGGGAAAUUGUUUGACCAGAAACAAUGCUAUUUUACAGGGAACAAACUGACAAGACUUUCAGCACGCUUAUAGGGAAGGACAUUCAACAAGCACAGCACUUACACAAAUGACUGAUUGUAUGAGAGAAGAUUCCAGGAGCUGUUUUGUUAGACUUCAGUGCGGCUUUUGACAUUAUCGAUCAUAGUCUUCUGCUGGAAAAACGUAUGUGUUAUGUCUUUACACCCCCUGCUAUAUUGUGGAUAGAGUUACCUGUCUAACAGAACACAGAGGGUGUUUUUUAAUGGAAGCCUCUCCAACAUAAUCCAGGUAGAAUCAGGAAUUCCCCAGGGCAGCUGUCUUGGCCCCUUACUUUUUUCAAUCUUUACUAACGACAUGCCACUGGCUUUGAGUAAAGCCAGUGUGUCUAUGUAUGCGGAUGACUCAACACUAUACACGUCAGCUACUACAGCAACUGAAAUGACUGCAACACUUAACAAAGAUCUGCAGUUAGUUUCAGAAUGGGUGGCAAGGAAUAAGUUAGUCCUAAAUAUUUCAAAAACUAAAAGCAUUGUAUUUGGGACAAAUCAUUCACUAAACCCUAAACCUCAACUAAAUCUUGUAAUAAAUAAUGUUGAAAAUAAGCAAGUUGCGGUGACUAAACUGCUUGGAGUAACCCUGGAUUGUAAACUGUCUUGGUCAAAACAAAUUGAUACAACAGUAGCUAGGAUGGGGAGAAGUCUGUCCAUAAUGAAGCGCUGCUCUACCUUCUUAACAGCACUAUCAACAAGGCAGGUCCUACAGGCUCUAGUUUUGUCACACCUGGACUACCGAUCAGUCGUGUGGUCAGGUGCCAAAAAGAGGGACUUAGGAAAAUUACAAUUGGCUCAGAACAGGGCAGCACGGCUGGCCCUUAGAUGUACGCAGAGAGCAAACAUUAAUAAUAUGCAUGUCAAUCUCUCCUGGCUCAAAGUAGAGGAGAGAUUGACUUCAUCACUACUUGUAUUUGUGAGAGGUAUUGAUAUGUUGAAAGCACCGAGCUGUCUGUUUAAACAACUAGCACACAGCUCAGACACCCAUGCAUACCCCACAAGACAUGCCACCAGAGGUCUCUUCACAGUCCAGAACAGACUAUGGGAGGCACACAGUACUACAUAGAGCCAUGACUACAUGGAACUCUAUUCCACAGCAGGUAACUGAUGCAAGCAGUAGAAUCCGAUUUUUUUUUUUAACAGAUAAAAAUAUACAUUAUGGAACAGCGGUAACAUACGCACUAUACACACACGUACAGAAGGAUUUUGUGUUGUGGAGUAUGGGCCUGAGGGCACACAUUUAGUGUGUUGUGAAUUAUGUAAUGAAUGUAUUGUAAUGUUUUUACAAUUGUAUAACUGCCUUAAUUUUGCCAGACCCCAGGAAGAGUAGCUGCUGCCUUGGCAGCAGCUGAUGGGGAUCCAUAAUAAAUAGAAAUACAAUCAGGCCUUUAUGGUAGAUUGGCCAGACGGAAGCCACUCCUCAGUUAAAGGCACAUGACAGCCUGCUUGGAGUUUGCCAAAAGGCACCUAAAGGACUCUCAGACCAUGAGAAACAAGAUUCUCUGGUCUGAUGAAACCAAGAUUGAAGUCUUUGGCCUGAAUGCCAAGCGUCACAUCUGGAGGAAACCUGGCACCAUCCCUACGGUGAAGCAUGGUGGUGGCAGCAUCAUGCUGUGGGGAAGUUUUUCAGUGGCAGGGACUGGGAGACUAGUGUAGAUUGAUUAGGAUUUUUAUUUAUUUAAUCCAUUUUAGAAUAAGGCUGUAAUGUAACAAUGUGGAAAAAGUCAAGGGGUCUGAAUACUUUCUGAAUGCACUGUACUUCCAUUCAUUUUUUCAACGGGUACCGGGGGACCUUCAGACGAUUAUUGUGAGGCCUGUGGGCGUACUAGAGCAAAACAACCGACAUGAGUCUCAUCUUUCCAUAGAGGGGUCAUAAUAGUUUGACACAAACCGUUCAGGCGCAACAGACGAUUCUGUGAGAAGACAGAUUUUCGGGAUGUCUCAUGUUCUGACAAAUACUGCUGUAGCUCUGUCACCUUUAACCGCAGAUGCGGAAGUGCGACAUAAGCAGAUGCGGUGGAUUGAGACGCAUCCAAUGCAAAAAGAAUAACAGAUCUCUAGAUUAAACUGCCAGAUUUUAAUGGGGAUUAUUUGUAUUAUGCUAAUUAGAUCGACCUAAAAUGAAAUGAGAACAGCCUAGGUCAAUUGAAAAUAAGAAAACUUAUACGACAAAAAAAGUGAACUCUCUCUUUAAACAUCUCUACCUAGAGCCUGGGGGUUUUCCUGGUCUCAUUAUGUUGUCAGGAAAAACUCUUGACCCUAGGGAUAGAUCAAACAUUGUAAUUGUUGAUUGUUGACUGCCUACCCCACACUUGUCACUGUAGUCAGCAGUCUGCCAUAGCGCUGUGUGGCAUGGUCAUCAUGAUUUGUGUGUUUGUGCGCGUGUGUGCUCGUGCGUGCUCGUGCGUGCAUGUGCGUGUUUGUGUUUCUGCUCAUGUGUGUUCUUCUUGUAGAGAAGCUGUUCUCUCUGCUGCCAGAGUACGUGGUGCCGUACGCCAUCCACCUUCUAGUUCACGACCCAGACUACGUCAAGGUGCAGGACAUCGAGCAGCUCAAAGACAUCAAGGAGUGAGUGGCUAAUCUGACAAUACAGAACAUUUUCUAAAUGAAAAAUUGCCCAGAAAUGACAUUGCACAAAAAGGGGCACACCUCCCCACACCAAUGAGCAAAAGCAUGUAUUGUUUACCUAAAACAAAGGAUCAGUGUGGUUUCAUGAGUUAACAUAUUGAUAUCAAACAUUGAAAUGAACCAUACAGCCAACAUUGAAGGCCAAAUUCUAAUGGUGACGUAAAAAAUGUGCAACUAAAUAGCGUACAUAACCCUACAUACAGUGCCUUCGGAAAGUAUUCAGACCCCUUGACUUUUUCCACAUCCUUAUUCAAAAAUGGAUUAAUUUUUUUAAAUUAUUCAGCCAUCUACACACACUACCCCAUAAUGACAAGGCAAAAACAGGUUUUUAGAAAUUUUUGCACAUGUAUUAAAUAUUAAAAACAGAAAUACCUUAUUUACAUAAGUAUUCAGCCCCUUUGCUAUGAGACUCGAAAUUGAGCUCAGGUGCAUCCUGUUUCCAUUGAUCAUCCUUGAGAUGUUUCUACAACUUCAUUGGCGUCCACCUGUGGUGAAUUCAAUUGAUUGGACAUGAUUUGGAAAGGCACACACCUGUCUAUAUAAGGUCCCACAGUUGAUAGUGCAUGUCAGAGCAAAAACCAAGCCAUGAGGUCGAACGAAUUCUCCGUAGCUCUCCGAGACAGAAUUGUGUCGAGGCACAGAUCUGGGGAAGGGUACCAAAAAAAUUUCCGCAGCAUUGAAGGGCCCCAAGAACACAGUGGCCUCCAUCAUUCUUAAAUGGAAGAUGUUUGGAACCACCAAGACUCUUCCUAGAGCUGGCCGCCCGGCCAAACUGAGCAAUCGGGGGAGAAGGGCCUUGGUCAGGGAGAUGACCAAGAACCUGAUGGUCACUCUGACAGUGCUCUAGAGUUCCUCUGUGGAGAUGGAAGAACCUUCCAGAAGGACAACCAUCUCUGCAGCACUCCACCAAUCAGGCCUUUAUGGUAGAGUGGCCAGACAGACGCUACUCCUCAGUAAAAAGGCACAUGACAACCCUCUUGGAGUUUGCCAAAAGGCACCUAAAGACUGUCAGACCAUGAGAAACAAGAUUCUCUGGUCUGAUGAAACCAAGAUUUAACUCUUUGGCCUGAAUGCCAAGCGUCACGUCUGGAGGAAACCUGGCACCAUCCCUAUGGUGAAGCAUGGUGGUGGCAGCAUCAUGCUGUGGGGAUGUUUUUUAGUGGCAGGGACUGGGAGACUAGUCAGGAUCGAGGCAAAGAUGAACGGAGCAAAGUACAGAGAGAGAUCCUUGAUUAAACCUGUUCCAGAGCGCUCAGAACCUCCGACUGGGGUGAAGGUUCCCCUUCCAACAGGACAAUGACCCUAAGCACACAGCCAAGACAACGCAGGAGUGGCUUCGGGACAAGUCUCUGAAUGUCCUUGAGUGGCCCAGCCAGUGCCCGGACUUGAACCCGAUCGAACAUCUCUUCAGAGACCUGAAAAUAGCUGUGCAGCAAUGCUCCCCAUCUAACCUGACAGAGCUUGAGAGGAUCUGCAGAGAAGAAUGGGAGAAACUCCCCAAAUACAGGUGUGCCAAGCUUUUAGCGUCAUACCCAAGAAGACUCAAUGCUGUAAUUGCUGCCAAAGGUGCUUCAACAAAGUACUGAGUAAAGGGGCUGAAUACUUACGUUACCAGUCAAAAGUUUGGACACACCUACUCAUUCCAGAGUUGUUCUUUAUUUUUACUAUUUUCUACAUUGUAGAAUAAUAGUGAAGACAUCAAAACUAUGAAAUAACACAUAUGGAAUCAUGUAGUAACCAAAAAAGUGUUAAACAAAGAAAAUAUAUUUUAUAUUUGAGAUUCUUCAAAUAGCCACCCUUUGCCUUGAUGACAGCUUUGCACACUCUUGGCAUUCUCCACGGAAGAAGUUUAAAGAGUUACCAUCUCCCGAAUUAAACUCUAAAGGUCUUUACCUAUCACAUCCAUAAAACAGUCAACGUAUUAAUUCAUAACCUCUUAUCAUUCUAAACGGUUGUAACCUUCUUGGAUCCGCAAAAGCCCCAGCUUUACUUAUGAUUCAGCAAACACAAAUUGGUUUAAUUAUUUAUUUACUAGUUAACUAAAUAAUAAAACAGAAUAACAUACACAGUUAAUACAUGAGAAAAAGGUCCCUAGCGGACUAACAACAACAUGACUGCUUGUUUACCAAAAGAGGGAGGGGUAGAGAGCACAACACUUAUCGUACAUUUGGAAACUACGCUCACAGUAAUCAUUGACUUUGCUCAUGAACCACUGCCCGUUUGGAGUAAGAAAUCAUGAAUGUAUCUACGUGUGGAUACCUUUGUUCGUCGUCUAUCUCUGUCGAACCCAAGCCCUCUUCGAAAGAGGGUUUUGGCUGGGUCUUCGCUCAGCUCACUUGUAAGGCUCUGAUUGUCCACAAGAUCACAAUGUCCUUCUUCUUAGUUGGAUGAAUGAGUCUUGUCCUGUCCUCUGCAGGUCCCUGUGGUUUGUCCUGGAGAUCAUCAUGGCUAAGAACGAUAACAACAGCCAUGCCUUUAUUAGGAAGAUGGUGGAGAACAUCAAACAGACGAAAGACAGACAGGCACCCAACGACACCAGGAUUAACGAGGUAGCUGUACCACCGCCACGGCUCUGACAGGAGAGAUAAUUAGAUUGAUUGAUUUUUAAGUUAAUUUAACAAGGGGUUAGUCUCAUGAUUGAGAUCAACUCUUUUGCAAGAGAGACCUGCAGGAGUAAUCAACAAGAUGACAGGGAUCCUUUCCCUUUAACCAGACACUGUGCUCUGCUCUUAUCCACAUUAUCCAUUUUGAUAACGACGGUGGUUGUAGAAAUGAUUUCUAACCUGGGUUCUCUCUCCUCAGAAACUGUACACAGUGUGUGAUGUGGCCAUGAACAUUGUCAUAUCCAAGAGCACUACAUACAGUCUGGAGUCACCAAAAGACCCUGUCCUGCCCGCUCGCUUCUUCACUCAGCCGGACAAGGUAGCCAUCCUUAAUAUGUUGUGUUGUUUUUAUUGUGGUAUACUGUAUAUGUUUGUAUUGGCUAGUGCAAUCACAUUACACCAUUUGGGGAUCAUUACCUAUACGCUGAGUGUACAAAACAUUAGGAACACCACGUCUUUCCAUGACAUAAACUGACCAGGUGAAAGUUGUAAUCCCUUAUUGAUGUCACCUGUUAAAUCCACUUCAAUCAGUGUAGAUGAAGGGGAGGAGACAGGUUAAAGAAUGAUUAAGCCUUUAGACAUAGAUUGUGUGUGUGCCAUUCAGAGGGUGAAUGGGCAAGACAAAAUAUUUAAGUGCCUUUGAACGGGGUAUCAAAUCAAUCAAAUCAAAUUUUAUUUGUCACAUACAUGUUUAACAAUAGGUGCCAGGCGCAACGGUUUGAGUGUGUCAAGAACUGCAAUGCUGCUGGGUUUUUCCACGCGCAACAGUUUCCCGUGUGCAUCAAGAAUGGUCCACCACCCAAAGAACAUCCAGCCAAUUUAACGACUGUGGGAAGCAUUGGCGUUAACAUGGGCCAGUAUCCCUGUGGAACGCUUUCAACACCUUGUAGAGUCCAUGCCCCGACGAAUUGAGGCUGUUCUAAGGGAAAAAAGGGGGUGCAACUCAAUAUUAGGAAGGUGUUCCUAAUGUUUUGUACACUCAGUGUAGACUAGAGGAAACCUCAAGUGUUUGUAGCACGCGCGCACACACACUGAGUGUACAAAACAUUAGGAACACCUUCCUAAUAUUGAGUCGCACCCCCUUUUUUCCCUCAGAACAGCGUCAAUUCGUCGGGGCAUGGACUCUACAAGGUGUCAAGCUGGAUGUCCUUUGGGUGGUGGGCUAUUCUUGACACUCACGGGAAACUGUUGAGCGUGAAAAACCCAGCAGCGUUGCAGUUCUACACAACUGUGGAGUCAACAUGGGCCAGCAUCCCUGUGGAAUGCUUUCGACACCUUGUAGAGUCCAUGCCCCGACAAAUUUAGGCUUUUCUGGGGGGAAAAGGGGGUGCAACUCAAUAUUAUCAAUGUGUUCCUAAUGUUUUGUACACUCAGUGUAUAUCAUACUAUCUAUUAUGGUAUGACAACUAUAGGCAUACAUAUUCAUAUAUGUUAAUAUACAGUUGAAGUCGGAAGUUUACAUACACCUUAGCCAAAUACAUUUAAACUCUGUUUUUCACAAUUCCUGACAUUUAAUCCUAGUAAAAAUUCCCUGUCUUAGGUCAGUUUGGAUCACCACUUUAUUUUAAGAAUGUGAAAUAUCUGAAUAUUAUUUCACCUUUAUUUAACCAGGUAAGCCAGUUGAGAACAAGUUCUCAUUUACAACUGCGACCUGGCCAAGAUAAAGCAAAGCAGUGCGAUAAAAACAACAACACAGAGUUACAUAUGGGGUAAAACUAAACAUAAAGUCAAAAAUACAACAGAAAAUAUAUAUACAGUGUGUGCAAAUGUAGCAAGUUAUGGAGGUAAGGCAAUAAAUAGGCUAUAGUGCAAAAUAAUUACAAUUAGUAUUAACACUGGAAGGCUAGAUGUGCAAGAGAUUAUGUGCAAAUAGAGAUACUGGGGUGCAAAAGAGCUAAAUAAAUAACAAUAUAGGGAUGAGGUAGUUGGGUGGGCUAAUUUCAGAUGGGCUGUGUACAGGUGCAGUGAUCGGUAAGGUGCUCUGACAACUGAUGCUUAAAGUUAGUGAGGGAGAUAAGAGUCUCCAGCUUCAGAGAUUUUUGCAAUUCGUUCCAGUCAUUGGCAGCAGAGAACUGGAAGGAAUGGCGGCCAAAGGAGGUGUUGGCUUUGGGGAUGACCAGUGAGAUAUACCUGCUGGAGCGCAGACUACGGGUGGGUGCUGCUAUGGUGACCAAUGAGCUAAGAUAAGGCGGGGAUUUGCCUAGCAGUGAUUUAUAGAUGGCCUGGAGCCAGUGGGUUUGACGACGAACAUGUAGUGAAGACCAGCCAACAAGAGCGUACAGGUCACAGUGGUGGGUAGUGUAUGGGGCUUUGGAGACAAAACGGAUGGCACUGUGAUAGACUACAUCCAAUUUGCUGAGUAGAGUGUUGGAGGCUAUUUUGUAAAUGACAUCGCCGAAGUCAAGGAUCGGUAGGAUAGUCAGUUUUACGAGGGCAUGUUUGGCAGCAUGAGUAAAGGAGGCUUUGUUGCGAAAUAGGAAGCCUAUUCUAGAUUUAACUUUGGAUUGGAGAUUCUUAAUGUGAGUCUGGAAGGAGAGUUUACAGUCUAACCAGACACCUAGGUAUUUGUAGUUGUCCACAUACUCUAGGUCAGACCCGUCGAGAGUAGUGAUUCUAGUCGGGUGGGCGGGUGCCAGCAGCGUUCGAUUGAAGAGCAUGCAUUUAGUUUUACUAGUGUUUAAGAGCAGUUGGAGGCUACUGAAGGAGUGUUGUAUGGCAUUGAAGCCCGUUUGGAGGUUUGUUAACACAGUGUCCAAUGAAGGGCCAGAUGUAUACAAAAUGGUGUCGUCUGCGUAGAGGUGGAUCUGAGAGUCACCAGCAGCAAGAGCGACAUCAUUGAUAUACACGGAGAAAAGAGUCGGCCCAAGAAUUGAACCCUGUGGCACCCCCAUUGAGACUGCCAUAGGUCCAGACAACAGGCCCUCCGAUUUGACACAUUGAACUCUAUCUGAGAAGUAGUUGGUGAACCAGGCGAGGCAGUCAUUUGAGAAACCAAGGCUAUUUAGUCUGCCAAUAAGAAUGCGGUGGUUGACAGAGUCGAAAGCCUUGGCCAGGUCGAUGAAGACGGCUGCACAGUACUGUCUAUUAUCGAUCGCGGUUAUAAUAUCGUUUAGGACCUUGAGCGUGGCUGAAGUGCACCCAUGACCAGCUCGGAAACCGGAUUGCAUAGCGGAGAAGGUACGGUGGGAUUCGAAAUGGUCGGUGAUCUGUUUGUUAACUUGGCUUUCAAAUACUUUCGAAAGGCAGGGCAGGAUGGAUAUAGGUCUGUAACAGUUUGGAUCUAGAGUGUCACCCCCUUUGAAGAGGGGGAUGACCGCGGCAACAGUAGAGAGAAUUAUUUAUUUCAGCUUUCAUCACAUUCCCAGUAGGUCAGAAGUUUACAUACACUCAAUUAGUAUUGCCUUUAAAUUGUUUAACUUUGGUCAAACGUUUCGGGUAGCCUUCCACAAGCUUCCUACGAUAAGUUGGGUGAAUUUUGGCCCAUUCCUCCUGACAGAGCUGGCGUAACGGAGUCAGGUUUGUAGGCCUCCUUGCUCGCACACGCUUUUUCAGUUCUGCCCACAAAUGUUCUAUAGGAUUGAGGUCAGGGCUUUGUUGUCCUUAAGCCAUUUUGCCACAACUUUGGAAGUAUGCUUGUCCAUUUGGAAGACCCAUUUGCGACCAAGCUUUAACUUCCUGACUGAUGUCUUGAGAUGUUGCUUAAAUAUAUCAUCAUAAUUUUCCUUCCUCAUGAUGCCAUCUAUUUUGUGAAGUGCACCAGUCCCUCCUGCAGCAAAGCACCCCCACAGCAUCAUGCUGCCACCCCUGUGCUUCACGGUUGGGAUGUUGUUCUUCGGCUUGCAAGUACCCCCUUUUUCCUCCACACAUAACGAUGGUCAUUAUGGCCAAACAGUUAUAUUUUUGUUUCAUCAGACUAGAGGACCAAAAAGUACGAUCUUUAUCCCCAUGUGCAGUUGCAAACCGUAGCCUGGCUUUUUUAUGGCGGUUUGGAGCAGUGGCUUCUUCCUUGCUGAGCGGCCUUUCAGGUUAUGUCGAUAUAGGACUUGUUUUACUGUGGAUAUAGAUACUUUUGUACCUGUUUCCUCCAGCAUCUUCACAAGGUCCUUUGCUGUUGUUCUGGGAUUGAUUUGCACUUUUCGCACCAAAGUACGUUCAUCUCUAGGAGACAGAACACGUCUCCUUCCUGAGCGGUAUGAUGGCUGCGUGGUUCCAUGGUGUUUAUACUUGCGUACUAUUGUUUGUACAGAUGAACGUGGUACCUUCAGGCGUUUGGAAAUUGCUCCCAAGGAUGAACCAGACUUGUGGAGGUCUACAAUUCAUUUUCUGAGGUCUUGGCUGAUUUAUUUUGAUUUUCCCAUGAUGUCAAGCAAAGAGGCACUGAGUUUGAAGGUAGGCCUUGAAAUACAUCCACAGGUACACCUCCAAUUGACUCAAAUUAUGUCAAUUAGCCUAUCAGAAGCUUCUAAAGCCAUGACAUCAUUUUCUGGAAUUUGUUUAAAGCUGUUUAAAGGCACAGUCAACUUAGUGAAUGUAAACUUCUGACCCACUGGAAUUGUGAUACAGUGAAUUAUAAGUGAAAUAAUCUGUCUGUUUACAAUUGUUGGAAAAGUUACUUGUGUCAUGCACAAGGAAGAUGUCCUAACCAACUUGCCAAAACUAUAGUUUGUUAACAAGAAAUUUGUGGAGUGGUUGAAAAACGAGUUUUAAUGACUCCAACCUAAGUGUAUGUAAACUUCCGACUUCAACUGUAGAUCAUUGAUGAAACCCUUUUACUCUCAAUCCUAUCUGUUCUGGUUCACUUACAGAACGCCAGUAAUACAAAAAACUAUCUCCCGCCAGAGAUGAAGUCCUUUUUCACUCCAGGAAAGGUAAGCGACAUGUCUGCUAUAUGUUGUCCCCCCCCACCCCCGAGGACACCGCUUAAACGUUUGGAAAAAUCUAAGAAUUAAUUAAAUAUAAAAUGUUAUUGCUGCGUUUCUUGGUCUCUGUGUACUUCACUUAUGGACUUGCAAUAAAUCCAUCCAUGCGUUAGCCAGCUGCCUCAGGUAAUGUUGUUCCUCUCUGUGUUCCUCUCUCCAGCCCAAAGCGGCCAACGUGCUCGGGGCAGUCAACAAGCCCCUGGCCUCGGCCGGGAAGCAGACCAAGCUGAGCUGCAUGGAGACGGUCAGCAACGCCAGCAGCAACUCCAACCCUGACUCCCCUGGACGCAGCAAAGGGAGGUCAGUGUCAGUGACCCCUUUAGUGCUCUGCUCUCAGGUCAAAUAAGAACAAUAAGAUAGAAAAGUAGAAAACCCAGAUUCACUGAACAUGGUCUUUUAGAUAUUUCAUUCAUUUGCAGCAGCAGAGGUCAAACCGACACGUUUUGGCAAAGCCAUCAUCUGUGUUAAAAGGAAAUAUAUACUGAACAAUAAUAUAAACACAACAUGUAAAUUGUUGGUCCCAUGUUUCAUGAGCGGAAAUAAAAGAUCCCCGAAAUUUUCCAUAUGGACAAAAAGCUUAUUUCUCUCAAAUUUUGGGCACACAUUUCUUUACAUCCCUGUUAGUGAGCAUUUAUACUUUGCCAAGAUAAUCCAUCCACCUGACAGGUGUGGCAUAUCAAGAAGCUGAUUAAACAGCAUGAUCAUUACACAGGUGCACCUUGUGCUGGGGACAGUAAAAGGCCACUCUAAAAUGUGCAGUUUUGUCACACAACACAAUGCCACAGAUGUCUUAUGUUUUGAGGGAGCGUGCAAUUGGCAUGCUGACUGCAGGAAUGUCCACCAGAGACGUUGCCAGAUAAUGUUCUGUUUAUUUCUCUACCAUAAGCCGCCUCAAGUCAUUUUAGAGAAUUUGGCAGUACAUCCAACCGGCCUCACAACCGCAGACCAUGUGUAACCACGCCAGGACCUCCACAUCCAGCUUCUUCACCUGCAGGAUUGUCUGAAACCAGCCAACCGGACAGCUGAUGAAACUGAGGAGUAUUUCUGUCUGUAAUAAAGCCCUUUUGUGGGGGAAAAAAUAAUUCUGAUUUGGCUGGGCCUGGCCCCCCAGUCAUGUGAAAUCCAUAGAUUAGGGUCUAAUGAAUUUAUUUAAAUUGAUUGAUAUGAUCUGUAACUCGUUGAAAUAAGUAUCUGAAAGACUAUUUAACCCAGAGUGCUGGGUUUUUAUUUUUCUCGAUUAUUCGGGAGACAACAUGGAUCACCCAUUUAUCCAAAUUGUUUGUCAGAGCCUCAGUAUUCGGUGGCACGUGUUUGUAAUUGAGACGUCGGGUUCUGCACCAGUCUAAGAAAAACAAGCUACCGUGUUUGUCACCAGGCUGUAUACUUCAAAAAACCCUUGUCAUUUACAUCAUCCAGGAGAGAGGGAAUGAGUCACAUCUGAACUGAAUAGAUGAAUGGGGUAUGUGCUGCCAGGUAAUGGAGUGAUGUGUACAUAAAAGAUGAUAGGGCUGUAUACGUAGGUGGAGGGAGCGGGAAGACAGACGGAUGUCGCUACUAGUCAAUCUUUCCACUUUGCCUUGAGGGGACAAGUGCAUGUAUUAUAGUCUGUAGCAGGUGUUGUUUAGCUACAUUUACUUGGGAGGUACAGUAUAAUGCAGCUAUGUUCCAGGAGAGCUGCAGAAAAAAGGGUCAAGUCCGUUCACUGCUGCUUCCACAAAUGUGGGCAGGAAUGUUACCUUUUGUCCUACAGUUACUCUGUUGGAAACCACUGGCAGUUUGGAAACCACUGGCAGUUUGGAAACCACUCGCAGUUUGGAAACCACUGGCUUAGACCACCCUAGACCACUCUUACAGUUAAUCAUAUUUUUUUGCCCAGUCCCUGUGGCAAGGCAGACACGCAUAAUAAAACACUAUCUCUUAAUGUCCCAGGAUCGACAGUGCCGAGGUGGACCACAGUGAGAAUGAGGAUAUCACGGUCGUGAAUAAUCCGGCUGCUCAGGAUGGCGACAGCAAGCCCGGCCGGGGACGCAAACGAGGGGCCGCCGCUGCCAGCCAGGAGGACAAGGCAGGCCAGGAGGCUAAGCCCAAACGAGGGCGGAAGAAGGAGCCGGCGGCUAACACCAGUGAGGGGGAGGAGCCGUGGUCCGAGACCAGUGCCGCAGACACCACUCUGGAGACGGAAGACGAGCAGAACAAUCCUCCCAAAAGAGGUCGCAGGGGACGGCCCCUGAAGGUGCCAUUUUGUUUUUUAACCCCGGUUGCCUUAUUUUAAUGGGGAAGUUCAGGAUUUUACAACUUGAUUUUAGUGGCCCAUAGACUACUUUCAGGGUGAGGAACCAUCUAACAUCAAGUUGUAAAAUCUUGAACUUCACACUUAAUGGUUGCUAUCCAACUUAUCUUCAACACAGAUCACAUAAUUUAUCAGAUCUCACAAUACUCAGAGAAGUGUUUAUACAGACCAUCUUAAUAGCGCCACUGCUAUAAAGAUGGUCUGGAAAGCAACUAAUGUUUACAACAAGACUGUGGGUCUUGUUGCGGUUGUUUGAUCUGUUCUUGUAUUUAAUACUUUUACACUAUAAAGUGUUCUUGAAAGUUAGUUGGAAUAAAAUAUAUUAUUAUCAUUAUUGAGGCUGCUAAGGCCAAGGAUGACACACUUACCAAGGGCACGAGGGGCCGAAAGAAGGCUGCUUGUCAAGCUGAGGAGGAGGAAGAGGAGCAGGGAGAGGAAGAAGAUGGAAGCAGUGAGAACAUGGAAGUGAAGGCCACGGUGCAGAGAGGAGGCAGGGCACCACGGCGGUCGCAGCAGAGGUGAGAUCCCUCUGGAUUCUGAUCUAACUAGUAUUAUAGUCUACUAAUGACUUUUUGAAUGACUAAUUGUAGAUUGCCGCAGAGCCGUAUGUGGCUCUGGAGCCGCGGGUUUCAGGUCCCUGGUCUAGAUGGACACAUUGACAGGUUGAUAAAUCCAUAGCCAACUCCUAACAUGCUCCCAAGGUGUGUAUAGGGAAUCUUUUGUGACAUUUUGUUGCUGUUUGUGUUUUUUUACAGAGUGGAGGCCUCAAAGGCCACAGACGACUCUGCAGAAUCCACUCCACAGAAAAGACGGGGGAGACCUCCCAAAUCACAGCAACAGCCAGCCAAGAAAAAUCUGUAACUCGUGUUGCAUUUUCUUCAAAUUCAUUCAUUAGCCUUUAUAUUUUGAAUUAAUUCAGUGCCUUGAGUUGCUGUUUGCAGGUUUUUGUUUUGACUUGACUUCAAUGUAAACCCUUACACUCAGUGAGUAGCAGGCUGUUGUUUCGCUGUAGUACAAUGACCUGCUGUGUGUUUCAGUAAAGAGAACAAGUCCGAGGUGGAGGAGAUGGAGAUGUCUCAGAGUCAGGAAGAGGAGGAGAGCAAGACCACACCCAAAGUAAGUAGACCCACCCCUCACCUCCCCCUCAACCUCCAGUCCCCGCCUCACCCUACACUCUCAGCCCCCUCCCCUUACCCACCUCGUCACCCUCCUUCAUGUCCUCCUCCACUCCCUCACCCACCUCAAUGUGCCAUCUCUCAGCUGUGCUGGUAACAUCUUUAUAUAUGUCUAUUGGACUUUCUAACCAGGAUCUCCAUGCUGUUGUUGUCCCCAGGUGCAAAGGAAGACGGGCAGGAGAAGAUGAGACAGAGAGCGUGUUUUUUCUCCACUGUCAGGAGGACUGUGACCAGGAGAAUGAGGACAGAUGGAGAGGAGCUGUACAUGCAUGUGUCCUUGAUGUUCAGUUGUUAAGCUUUGCCACACACACAUCCACCUUGGUUUGUCUAACGUAGUUAUGUGUGCCGCCGACCACGUGAACGAUCCAAACUGAUGAAAAUAAAUGUAAAUAGUCUCUCUUGGCUUUUUUUCCCCCUGUGCUGGGGAGGCAGUUGUGUAGCUUUUAUCUCCCAGCUUUAAGAUAUCGCAUCAGCUCUAACUGUCAUAGUGAAUGUUUGGAAUCAACUCAUUUUUCAGUAUUUUUCAGGUGCUUUUUUCUGUAUCGUUCUGUGACGAGGGAAAAACAGUGUUGUAGAUUUUAUUUGUUAAGUUUAUUUUUUAAUUCGUUUUUGUUACUUCGUUUGUGUACUCCUGUUUGCAUUAUAUUGUGCAUGUGCAAAGGUGCCAAUGCAGAAUAAGAUUAAAACAAGUGAUCAAUCCAAGAUUAAAUCAAGUAUUUGGUCCAUUUUGCUGCCCAGUAUUGUUUUAUCAGUGUUUUGAGACGGAGAAAGAAGAGUAUUAAAUAGAAAAUAAUACAAUUUCAACUAAUUGAAAUUUGUUUUUGGCUGUGUGCAGAGAGGAAAUGCAAUUUCCUCAUACAUUUUUCCAGUCUGUUUAAUCAAUAAAAUAUUCUAUAUGAAAUA